GGUCACCUGACGCCUCAGAAACUCCGAGCAAAAUGGCGGCGCCCGUGCUGCGGCGCUGCCGGGUUUGGCUCGGGGCUGGGCAUCGCAGCGUCGGGAAUGUCGCCGAACUGCGCGGCCCGGAGGGUCCGGUGGCCGCUAGCGCGCUCUGCCGGAGUGCGAAAGAGAUGACAGAGAAGCAGAAACGGUACGACAGGGAGGAGUAGUAACCGGGCUGGGUGGAGGAAGGACUCCUGCCGCAUAUGCUCGCCUCCAUCCAUUGCAAUGUUUAUUUGUGCUUCAUGCAGUUCGUCUCCCUAGGCUGAUAUUCUGCGUUUUUGUCAGCCUCCCCCGUUCUCUUUUUUCCCCCAUUUCACGACGCAGAGUGAUUUUUAAUCUGACUGUUGCAAAGGUCUGGAUAGGAGCGGUAGUAGAAUAAGGUAACUAACAAACCACAAUCACCGGCCUCCCCCCACCCACUGCUCCACACAAAAAAAGCUUGUUUCUCAAAGUUUAAAAUAAAAUGAAGGUUUAUAUAAAUAGACGGAGGACCGUGUCAAAAAAGUAUACAUUUCUUACCCAUUUUUUAAAACCCAAUACUAUGGUUUUUUUAAAAGUGCAAGUGUUCCUUUUACGAGUGGCACAAGUUUGUGGAGGGUGAAAUGUGCAUCACCUGGCCUAGAGGAGACUGUUCUUAACUCAAUGGUAGAGCAUCUGCUUUGCAUGCAGAAGGUAUUGGCUUCAAGUCUCCAGGUAGGACUGGGAAUACCCCAUUAGAAACCCUAGAGGACCACUACCAAUUAAUGAAAGUAGUACUGACCUAGAUUGUCCGAUUCAGUGUAAGGAAGCUUCCUAUGUUCCUAUGCAUGCAUCACAAAAAAUAAAUAUACAGUAUGUGCACAUUGGAUUAUGAUGUCUGCACAUCUACACUGCCUUCUUUUCCUAUAACUGCAUAAUAAACGACAUGUUUGGAGCAGCCUUUAAAUUGCAAUUUCAAGCACACAUGAGAAACUGUUGCAUUAAAACCAGCUUGUUGUGGUUUUUAAGCUAUCUACAAUACAACAAAGAGACUUGUGGCAUAUUUAAAAAUUAAAAUAUAGGCACCAGUUUUUUGUGGACUAGAGUUUACUUCAUCAGAUGUGUCACCAGAGUAUCAUUCAGUCAAUAAAGUCAACUCCAGUCCAUAAAAGCUAAUAAAACAAUAAAUUUGUUGGUCUUCAAAGUGCCAUGAGAGUCUUAGCUGGUGUUGCUGUAGAAACCACAAGCAUGGCUAUCCCUCUGGAAAUUACACUAAGACAGACAUCAUGCCAAGAUCAUGGUGCUCUUUUACAGAAGGUACAAUUUGGGAUUCCUACCCCAUCCUGUAACCCAUGGGUAGGCAAACUAAGGCCCGGGCCCCGAAUCCGGUCCAAUCGCCUUCUAAAUCCGGCCCACGGACGGUCCGGGAAUCAGCAUGUUUUUACAUGAGUAUAAUGUGCCCUUUUAUUUAAAAUGCAUCUCUGGGUUAUUUGUGGGGCAUAGGAAUUCAUUCCCCCCCCAAAAAUAUAGUCCGGCCCCCCACAAUGUCUGAGGGACAGUGGAACGGCCCCCUGCUGGAAAUGUUUGCUGACCCUUGUGUAACCUUUGUGGCAAAAUAUGCCAUUUUAGUUCUAAUGUUUUCUAAAUGCAUGUUGUUCCAUAAUUUAUUCUGUGAAGUUAUGUUGAAUAAAUAUCACAGGGAUGGGGAACCUGUGGCCCUCCAGCUAUUGUUGGAUUUCAGCUCCUAUAAAUCUGAGCCAGCCUGGUCAGUAGUCAGGGAUGAUGGGAGUGAGAAUCCGGUAACACCUGCAGGGCCACAGGUACCCCACCCAGAUAUAUAUUUUUUGCAUCCUUUUCCCCCACCGAUAUGUUUUGAAUUUAAGCAGAAUAGUAACUUCAAACAAUAUUCAACAAUAACUCUUAAUUACUUUUCAUAAUAAAUGAGAUGAGAAUGGUUUGUUUGAAUAAUUUCAUUAUAGAGAAACAGAACUUUGGUCUUGGUUGGGGUUUUUAAAGUGUCUUAAUGUUUGAAAGAAGCACUAUAUUUGAUGUAUUUGCUUAGAGCUUUUCUGCUUUCCUAAUCUCCCAUCUUGAUCUAAGUACUUCUGUCAUAGCUACGGCGUAAGCUUGACUUCACCAGUGAAAUAUGAUAUUUGUGUCUUUUCUUUGUACAAGUCCAGAUAAUUACUUCCAGAACCUGUCAAGCGGUUCAGGCAGUAAAGGUGACUGUUCUCUUGCUCAUAUAAAGAUUAUGGAUGUGAGAGCUGCAAUUACUUUUCAGCAGAUAGGAAGGUGCUUGUUCUUCCUGUUCAGAGAACCAUCUCUUGAGUUGAAAAGAUGAUUUCUCUAUUGCCAGACUACUGAUGUUUAUGCUAAUCCAGUACUAAUAGUGCUCUGUAGACCCACCUUUCCCAGCUUGAAAGUGACCAUCUGACAGCAUAUGCAUAAUUGAAUAUGCCACCUGUCUGUUGGAGAUUUCUCAUACAUAGAAGGAUAUCAAUUAAUAUUUAUUUUCUAUUUCAUAAUCUCCACUGGGUACAAAAUUGGAUACCUGUCCAACAAACCCUUUCUGGAUAAAAUUAACUUCUGAAAUGCACUUUAAAUCAAUGUAAGGCUUUCAGGAUGUGGGUUUCUUUUUGCCUUCUAACAUGCUGCUGUUUGUACAAUUUUCAGCUGUUUAUGAAAACAUUUCACAACAUCUUUCGAUGUUCAUUAUACAGCAGUUGUGGGCUUAUAGUGUGCUCCAGCAUACUGUUGAAUUCUGAUACUUUUGACAUUUGUAUUCUCCACCACACCACACCCCAGCUGUUUUAGAAAUUUGAAUUGCAUCAACCCAGCUAGUGAAUAUUUCUUUUGACUUUCUUUUAGGAAUGUUCCCUGGGCAGCAGUGGUAGGCCUGGAAAUUCAUGCACAGAUCUGCUCCAACUCAAAGCUUUUCUCUGGUUCACAAGUCCAGUUUGCAGCACCACCUAACUCCUUAGUAUCUUUUUUUGAUGCUUCUCUACCUGGAACUCUACCCGUAAGUUUGAAUUGAAUGCUUAUAUUAGUAUUGAAUUUUCAACAACAACAAAGCCUGUCUUAUCAAACAGGAACAGGCAGCCACCAUUAAUUCUUCAGGUUUUUAUAAUUAUUAAGAGUCAUACUAUUUAAAAGGGAUACUAGAUGGUUGAAACACUUUUAUCUAAGAAGGUAUCUAAGAAGGAACAAGCAGCUUGCAACUGCCACUUAAUUUCCCUCUACCUUUUCCCUCCACAUUGAUUCCUUUUUGUGUAAUCUUGCCUUUUUAAAUUUGUAUCACUUUCUUUUUUUAAAAUAUUAGUAUGAGCUGGUUCAGCAUACAAUAUUUGUCUGAAAAGCAGGAUACAAAUAUUGCCACUUCAGAUAAAUGACCAUUAUUAAACAGAGCACCAUCAAUGUUACAUGUACUUAUGAGAAGCUUAAUAACAAAACAAAACAAAAAGACAACUGUCCUUACAGCUGGCUCAUAUGCACCCCCAAGACUUAAUAAAAAUUGUUCCUUUGCUUCUCCUGCUACAACAGGGAAAGUAAUAUGGGUUUGGUUUUCUGGACUUGGUAGAGCCACUGACUCCACAGGCUCUGAUUUUCCUUCAGCUUUAAACACUGCUAGCCUUUUACGGCAAGGUGGUGUUUCCCUGCUGCCAUAGCAAUCUACAACAUGAGCUUUGGGUAGUUUGCCAUCUGAAUGCUUACUUUGAAACUUGCCCUAUGCCUGCAAGUGAGUGGAAGACCGUGAGCCUUCCUGACUGAUUUCCUAACCAAACUACAGUAUUUGGCCAAGCAGUUUGAAAUUAUUGACUUAUUUUAAUAUGCAAAAUUUGGUUCUGGCCUUUUAGUGCUCCAGCAUAGGUUCUUUGGUGGGAUGCAGUAAGAUUACCUCUGCUUGUGUUUAUCUGUAGGUAUGUAUAGCAACAUAGGAAACUGCCUUACAUCAAGUCAGACCAUUGGGCCAGCUAGCUCACCAUUGUCUGCUUGGCCUACUUUUCCCCAGUCCUCACUGGAGAUGCUGGGAGUUGAACUUGGGACCUUUUGCAUACAAAACAUGUAUGCAACAAGAGACUGGCAUCUGCUGCAAUGAGAUUAUUGGAUAUUGAACGAGUUGCAUGUGGAGAGAGAUACUGCUAGGUGUGGCCAAUCAGCUUUCAGCAUAGUGUAGUAUUGUUAUAUUCCUUAUUUUGGACAGACUAAGUAUGCAUGAAGAAAAAGCCUUAAACCUACUGGGUGGUAUCCAAUGGUGCCUUUUGCCUUUGCAUAAAGUGCUUCCAUUCAUGUAAGUUGGGACACCCCCAUCUUCAGCCGUCUCCCCCUAACCCAAUUAAGCCAACUGUUCUCUCCCUUUGAGUUGUUAUUGAUGGUUGAACCCAGAAUAGGAUACAGCAGAGAGGGCUGCAGUAAGUAGGAGGGAUUGGCAAGAAAUUGGUAUCAUUUUCAACAAACCCUUUCUGGAUUUAAGGGCAUAAAUGGAUAAAACCCAUUGAUGGUUUUGUUGUACGUGUAUGGCAGUUAAAUGUAGUUGGACCUCUUGUGGGAAGCAAAGAUGACCUUUCUGCUAUUUUUUAUUUGUAACGGAGCCCAUGCUAUACAAACAAAAAUUCCUGGAUGCAGCUCUUGAUGUGUCUUGUAGCAGGGUCCUGGGUUAUGACUGAGGAACACCCAUCUGAAGUAUUGUAGAGCUGUUGUCCAUCAGAAUUGCCUACAUCAGGCAAAAAUGAGUGUGUGUUGUGGUACAGUGUAUUUUUGCUGUAUCUAUACCAAUAAAGUUGUAUGUUGUGAGCUACCUUGGGAGGGUUAAUCCUGAUAAAUAUAAACAUACAUAACACCUUAGAAGUGCCUAGAUAAAUAAAUAAAGCAAAAUAAAGUUACGUGUGAAGAUUGUCCCUAAGCACACAUGGAAUAUAUGUGAGAGCAGCCUGCAUGCAUCUUGCCAUAUUCUUCUGGAUUUCUGUACAUUUUAAGUAGAAAUGGUUGUUCCUUUUACAGUCGUUCCCUAGUGAGAAAUCUUGAGCCUAAGCUGAAACAGCCUUCCUUUGAGAUAAGAGCUCCUGAUUAGUAGUCAGCUUGAUGGCUAACCUAAUGAAAAAUUCGUGAUCUGCUCUUGUUCACCUCCAGCAGAGGCUUUUAUCUGUGCAAGGAGAGGGAAAGAAAAAAAUAUAUUUUCCUUUGCAGUUUUUGUAGAUAAGUUGAAAGUGGAUAUUUAAAAAUGUUAGUACUUGAGUGUCAGAAUGUGAUACGAAAUUCUAUUUUUAUUUAUUAGUAUUACUGCUUCAUAGGUUUUAUUUUAUUUUACGGUUUUAGGCAAGAGUAAUGGUACCUUCCUCGUUUUAACAGGGUACUUUAGUGUGCAUGAACAUCUUAAUGGUUGCACAAUUUAGUUAAUGGAGUAUUAUUCCAGAUGUGAUUUGGCAUCUGUUUUAGGCUUAAAAUUCUGUCUGCUUUAAAGUUAACAGAUGGAAGAAGUAGUCCUUUAGAUACUUUAGUUGCAUAUGAAAAUUUCAGUUGUUUUAAACACAAGACUGUUUAUAUUUAUGCAGUAAUUGCCAAACUUUCUUAUAGCAGAUUCAUUUCCCCAGCACUGUUGAAGGUUGGAAAACAGACACCAGGAGAUCUUCUAACUAAUCAUCUGUGGGGAGGACUUUUGGGGAGGUGGGCAUUAAAAGCAGUCAUGCAGGUGAGGCAAUUGAGACUGAUGCUGGGAAAGGUGAGAUUUAACACUUUACCUGCAUCAUUGUCCUACUCUAGAUCACUCAUUCAAAGCUAUUAUCCCCAUAGGAGGGGUGGGUGGUGAGGGAACAUACAUGAUGCAUCUCUUCUGCUUCGAACUUCAUUGUACUAUCAGACAGACUGAAACAAAAUGGAGAACUCAAGGACACACAAGAAGGGAUUAUUUUAAGUGAUUUUAAUGCCUUUAAUGUUAUGUUAUGUUUUAGUUUAUAUGGGUGGUUAUCUUGGGAGGCAUUUUUGCCAGAAGGGCAGCCCAUAUGUUUAGCUACAAAUCUCCCAAAAAGUCAUACAGCUCACACAGAGAUAUAUGCCCACUGGUUGAGCAUUAGUAGCAAUGGUACACUGACGACGCCUGAUGCACACAAAGUUGGCUGCAUAGGGUUGGGGCUUGCAUCCAGUUAGAGAAGAUGGCCUUACACUUUGGGCUCUUUCAAAGAGGCAAACGGCCCCUGUGUGGCUCUCUGGAGUUCACUGGUGUACUCUUCCUAAAACCUGCAAGGAAACAAUUCCUAAUUACCACCUCACUAUCCCACUAACAUUCCGCAUUAAAAAUAUUUCUGAAAUCCUAGUUUUAAAGCGGGCACAGUGCAUUUCUUGAGAGAGUGCUACAGAUUGGGGUGUCUCCAGCUUGAAUUUCGCUAUGCCAUGAAAUUAAUCCCUUGUUUGGCUACACUUUUACCAAGUUGGCUGUUUUGCUUUUUAAAAAUUGCAUAUGGCCACUGGGCAUUUGCUGGAUGGAGAGUUUGGUCAUUCGUGCCAUGAAUUUGAUGUUCCUGCUUGAAGUAGCGAACAGGGUCUUUCAUGAAAUGGGUGUCUAAUAUUUAGCCAGCUUAAAUCUACUCGCUUGGUUACUAUGAAUUUUAUAUUGAUUUCAACUUCAGUAGGUGCCAAAUGAGGUCAGCACUGAGACUUUUGCAAUCCUAGUUGUGUGCCAACAUUUUUUAUAGCUGGGGAAAAGUUAAACCAGGAGAGUGUAGAGCUUAAUUAUUUUGAACCUGAAGUUCCAUAUCAAUAGUUAAUUAAUUUAGAUUAAUCUGUCACCUGGGGAAUGAUGUCUACAGCUGAACGUUGAGGAAGAAUCAUUUUGUUUACUGGAAAAGGUCUUGUGUCUGCAAAGGGAUUUUUUGUGGUCUUCAUUAUUCUGUACUACAGUAUCUAAAUAUUUCUUUGAUCUGUCUUAAAUUAGUUUUGCAUUGGCAGAAUAAAAAAUAAAGAGCACAGUUCAUUAUUAACUUUGGCAAAUCCCUUAUGUAAUUAUUAAUGGCACCUCAUUUGAGGUAGCAAGGGAUUGAAUGUGAUGGGUUAUUUAUCUGGAAGAAGGAUCCAGCCCAUUCACUGAACUAAACCAAUACAUGCACAUUGAUGAUUAGCACUGAGAACAUCUCUUUUUCCAAUUUGCGCUUUUAAUGCAGGACUGCCUUUAUUGAAUUUCUCUUUUCCACAAACGCCAAUAUUUGAGGGCUUUAUUAUGCAAGAGCUGCUUUCUAACAACACAGUUGUGGUAGAUUAGUGAAUCAAUAAACUUGUAAUAGCUCCUAAACAUCUAUAUUAGAUUUAAGUUUCCCUUUUUUUGGUGUUUUAGUUUUUUUCUGUAAAACCAUGGAUUUUGGGAAUCCCAAAUUGGAAGUUCAUCCAGUUUGGAAUUAAAGAUCUCCUCUCCACAGAUACACAAACACACUCAUUUAGCAUUAAGCUACAUUGCCAGAAUAACCCACUGGCCUAUCCUAAACACACACGUGUAUAAACAAUUGCAUAUUGUUGUCCUUCUUUUCUUGUAGGAUCAGUAUAGCAGCUGCCCAAAUGUGCUUGCUUGUGCCACUAGCAGACAUACUGUUUACAUACCUUUUACUGCUUAAAAGGUAAAGGUACCCCUGCCCGUACGGGCCAGUCGUGUCCGACUCUAGGGUUGUGCGCUCAUCUCACUCUAGAGGCCGGGAGCCAGCGCUGUCCGCAGACACUUCCGGGUCACGUGGCCAGCGUGACGAAGCUACUCUGGCAAGCCAGAGCCGCACACGGAAACGCCGUUUACCUUCCCGCUAGUGAGCGGUCCCUAUUUAUCUACUUGCACCCGGGGGUGCUUUCGAACUGCUAGGUUGGCAGGCGCUGGGACCGAGCAACGGGAGCGCACCCCGCCACGGGGAUUCGAACCGCCAACCAUGCGAUCGGCAAGUCCUAGGCGCUGAGGUUUUACCCACAGCGCCACCCGCGUCCCUUUUUUACUGCUUACUUCCCCCCAAAUUAAUAAAUCAUGGUUCCCAGGGUUGUGUGCUGUUGGUGUGGAAGCACUGUUUUCACUGAAACCCACACAAGUGGUCAGAAGCUUUCUGCUAAGUUCUACAUAAGUUUUACCCUUUAAAACUCUAGAAAUACUUUUAAAUAGAACAGUAAUGAAACCCAAGUGGCAAAAAGAAAGGCUCCAGUUUCAUGCAGAUACUUAAGAUAGCUGAACAGUUAAAAACCAAUGUAAAAUGCCAGGAGAGAGACAAUUAUGGAUAUUCUUUUAUUUUGUAGAAGAGAAAAUUUACAACUGACACCAGAAACACUUCCUGCAUAGGAAACUAUUAUUUUGACACUAAAACAAUUUAAUACUUCAACAGUGUUGGCAAUCUCUCAUUUUGGUCUACAAGUCAGGACUAAUUGGAUCCCGUUCUGCUGCUCUUUAAACAUUUCUGCUGUAUUUUACGCAUUUUUAUUUUAGGCUCAACAGUUUUCUCAAAUGUAUAGCAAACACCCAAGAAGCCAUACCAGUUACACAAAAGGUUUAACAGCAUCCUAGUUUUUUGUUUGUUUGUUUUUUGUUUGUUUGUUAUAUGCCAUCUUUCCUUCAAGUGUAUGUAUCUCAUUACCUUACUAGAUUCAGAUUUUGGGUUUCUUCUGUUAUUGUUUAGUCAUUUAGUCAUGUCCGACUCUUCAUGACCCCAUGGACCAGAGCACUCCAGGAACUCCUGUCUUCCACUGCCUCCCAUAGUUUGGUGAAACUCAUGCUGCUAGCUUCAAGAACACUGUCCAACCAUCUCAUCCUCUGUCGUCCCCUUCUCCUUGUGCCCUCCAUCUUUCCCAACAUCAGGGUCUUUUCCAGGGAGUCUUCUCUUCUCAUGAGGUGGCCAAAGUAUUGGAGCCUCAGCUUCAGGAUCUGUCCUUCCAGUGAGCACUCAGGGCUGAUUUCCUUAAGAAUGGAUAGGUUUGAUCUUCUUGCAGUCCAUGGGACUCUCAAGAGUCUCCUCCAGCACCAUAAUUCAAAAGCAUCAAUUCUUUGGCGAUCAGCCUUCUUUAUGGUCCAGCUCUCACUUCCAUACAUCACUACUGGGAAAACCAUAGCUUUAACUAUACAGACCUUGCUUCUAGGACUGAGUUAAUUCUAAAGCCAAAUCAUUGAAUUCCUUGGGGCAGGGGACUAAGACUUGACACAUAUCAUAGCCAAGUAGUAUAUAACUCAGGAAAGAUUUGGAACUGUGCAUCCUAUUUACAGACUGGCUUUUUGUUUGGAAAGGGCCAUUGCUCAAUGGUAGAGCAUCUGCUUUGCAUAUGCAGAAAAUCCCAGGUUCAAUAUUCGGUGCCACUGGGUACGGCUGCGAAAGUCUAAAACCCCAAAGAACCACUGCCAGUCAGUGUAGACAUUAUUUUAUUAUAUGGACCAAUGCUCUGACUAAAUACAACACAGCUUUUUACAUUUCUACACGUUGACGCUCCUGUCCUAGAAAGCACGGGCAUUACAUCCUCCACGAAGAAAGCCAUGGCAGAGGGGAGGAGGAAAGAAAAUGUUUGAAGUGGAGGAAGUUCCUUGCAGAACAGCAAUAAUUUCUUCAUCUUGCUAUUCCAGACAGUUAUACUAUGAUGGAGCACAGAAUAAUGGCAGUUCAGCUGCCAUUUGAAACCGGUGACAAUAGGCACACUUUGAAGCUCCAUAUUAAAGGAAGCUUGGUGAUUUCUUUCCAUUUAAUUUAAGGGAAGGAUGGAGAACUUAUGGCCCUCCAGAUACAACGGCAACAGCGUUGGACCAUUGACCAUGUUGGCUGGGGCCGACAACGGAAUUGGAGCGUAACAACAUCUGGAGGGCUGCAGGUUCCCUACGCCUGACUUAAAGCUGUAUUAACCUGGCCUGAACAAAUAAAGACCCAUGUCCUUAUAUUAGAAGAAUUUUGGAAAUCUGAUUUUGAGCGUUAUCAGAUAGUCAGUCUGAGCAUCCCCCUCCCCUUCCACUCCAAAUCCUGAGGAUUUGGAAGGUGAGUUGGCAGAUAAAUAAAUUGACAUCCCUUGGCAUGAGAAUGGAGAGUAGGGCCUUGCCCACAACAUACACUGAAAGCACUGCUAUCCCUCUGAGAAUCCUGGAAACUGUACUUCAAGGGUGCUGAGAGUUGUCAGGAGGCCCCUCACAGAGCUACAGUUCCCAGCACCCUUAACAGCUACACUUCACAGAAUUCUUUGGAGGAAGCCGUGCUUGAUAAAACUGCUUUAUAUACAGUGGUACCUCGGGUUACAUACGCUUCAGGUUACAGACUCCGCUAACCCAGAAAUAGUACCUCGGGUUAAGAACUUUGCUUCAGGAUGAGAACAGAAAUCGUGCUCUGGCGGCGCAGCAGCAGCGGGAGGCCCCAUUAGCUAAAGUGGUGCUUCAGGUUAAGAACAGUUUCAGGUUAAAAACGGACCUCCAGAAUGAAUUUAGUACAUAACCAGAGGUACCACUGUAUAUGGUGUGAAUAUGACCUAGGUUUUGACACUGGAUUUCACUUUUAUUUAUUGCAUGUUGUGAGGCUUAUCUGUGUCCCACGAUCAGAAAUGAUUUUGUGCAGUGUCAGAAAUUACACUUGCUUGCCUCUUACCCUCUGUGUAUCCACACUUUUCCUUGCUCUUUCAAAUCCAAAUGACACAAAGAGAAUGCUUGGAAAGAUGUCCCAUGUUGCUGUGGUCCUCAAUUGCCUUCUGAAGCACCUGAGCUUUACUGUAGCACUAUAGGAACCCCUUCCUGUGAGUUGACUCUUGCCUGUUUUUCACUUACAUCAGUAGCUGGCAGGGGUGGGAACCAAAACCUUAAACCUGGGAUGUGCCAUAUGUUCAAAGCAUGUUUCUAUCCCUGAGCAGCAGCUUCCACCCCACUCACUCUGGCAUGGGAAGAUACUCUUUUGCAUAAGGCUCCAGCGCCUUGCUGCUGAGGCUGAGCUUCCCACGCACGAAAAAGACAGAUAAUGCUUCUUGAAGGCAAGCAAAGUGGAAUGUGCGCUGUUUAAAAGGCAUGUGUGGGAGAGGCAUUUGUUUCAUACUGGGUAUCUGAGUGAAGUCAUCUGUCAUGUUUCUUUAGGUUCUCAACAGGAGAUGUGUGGAAGCCGCAGUGAUGACGGGCCUUGCGCUGAACUGCACCAUAAACAAGAAGUCCUUGUUUGACAGGAAACACUAUUUCUAUGCAGAUCUGCCUGUGAGUAUGUAUUGAGCUUUGUCCCUCAGCAAAUCGGAAGAGGGGCAAGCCUGGAGAACUGAUGGGGAAAACAGGCUGGGAGAAGAGAUGGUUUUUUGUUCUCUGCCACUGUUUUGCCCAUCCAAGCACUGAGCCCUGAUGAAUAGGCAGCUGUAGCCAGGCUCUUUCUGAUUGAAGGUGAUUGUCCUGAUUGCUGACUGCAGUCCUGCGCCUCAUGUUUCCAAUGGCUUUGGAUAAUUAAAUUGAGAGAAGGCGCUGCUAGGGCCAGACUUCCUCUAUUCCCUCUAAUUGUCUGUUAGGGUUAAGACAAACAGUCUGAUAUUGAUCUUUGUGUUUGAAACAAAUGUAUUACAAAUCUGCAUUAUGGUCCUGUAGACAUCACAGGCAUUGGUUUUCGUUACUUUAUAGGAUCUGAAAUGCAACAUCCUGUUUUUACAUGUCGCUGAUCGCAAAAGCAAAUGAAGAAGACUUUUAAAAAUCAUGCAGUAUUACCUGCUGAUAUUGCAGAUGGCGCUUAUAUUAGGACCAGACUUGCUUUUUCAAACGUAAUGAGGCAAAGCUCAGAUCUAAAGCCGUCCAUUCAAAUUCAUCAAACAGUCAGGAUUUAUCGUUUUAAAAUUUAAAUAGGGGCCUUUGUUUUUCCUUAAAGCCACAAUUGUAAUGCUAAAGAUCCAUGAUAGUUUUUCUGCUCUCUGCAGAAAAUCCCUGCAUCAGGAGUAGAGAAUCUCCAGCCAUCCUGUGCCCACCUGGCCAUUUUGGGGAAGCCAUGACCCACCUAAUACCAUGUAUCCAUUUGAAGAAGCAGUUGGAAUAUGUGCACUGCAGUGCGCCUUCAAACCUCCAUUUUGUGGAAGUUUGAAGGAAUAGCACAAGGGCUCUUUGAAAGCCCUUUGUAAACAUUCCUGCAAGCAGUGUGGGUUGUUUACUAAGGACUGUUUGAAAGUCCUGCCAAUAUGGUAUUCAGAGGGCAGCAUCACCUGAUAUCACUAUAAGGUGAGGUGAUUGACAAGUGGUUGGCCUCACCUAAUUGGCAAAUUUGGCCAGAAUAGGUUCCCCACCACUGCCCCAUAUUCUGGGGAUGGGAUGCAAUGGCAGGGAGGGAGUAUCUCCUUAGAAGUGUUUAGCAGUGGUGCCCGCCCUGUGGGACGCCCUCCCUUCAGAUGUGAAGGAAAUAAGCAGCUAUCUUCUCUUUAAAAGACAUCUGAAGGCAGCCCUGUUUAGGGAAGUUUUUAAUAUUUAAUGCUGUAUUGUUUUUAACACUUGAUUGGAAGCCGCCCAGAGUGGCUGGGGAAACUCAGCCAGAUGGGCAGGGUAUAAAUAAUAAAUUAUUAUUAUUAUUAUUAUUAUUAUUAUUAUUAUUAUUAGUAAGAAAACCCUCUAAUAAGUUGCUGUCAUUGUUGACUUUUACACCUGUAUAAAAACCUUUCAAGGUAGAUUAGAUCAAGAGAUAGAGGUUGCCGAAGGUCACCUAGGCCAAACUAAACAUGAUGUGGGAGAUCUCUAAUCCGAUCACCUGGCCUUUAUAAAAGUAUAAAAUCUGCCAUGGGGAAGGGUUGUGGAGCUGGGGAAAAGGUGUUUAGCCUUCUUUGCUAUUCUGUUUUCUCAGUCAGAACUACUGGUCCUGAGGCUGAUGAGGGCUCCACUGGGAAGAGGUGCAGUAUGCACAUGCAGAGACCACAAGUGGUUUUUAGCCUAAAAACAACGGGGGCGGGAAGCCAUGUGGUUCCUCUUAAACCUUAACAAGUGGGUGGGGGAUCCAUGAUUGUCUACUUUGACUGUUGCAAGUUUAUAUGUGAGUGGGAAUUUGAAAGUGUGUUCAUGGUACCGUAUACAAAGACCGUAUGAAAAUAAACAACAAAAUUCCAUUCUGGGUGUUGAUUAAAGAGAGGUUUACUGCUUAUUAUGUUUGUUAUCUUUUGAGCAUCUUAAAAGGGGUUCUGCUUGUGGUUCAACUUGAAAUAGAAGAACUAUCAAGCCAUUCAUUAGGGUUUGGAGUUUCCCUUUGAGGUUCACACACACAAGCCUUAAUUUUAGCCAGGGCUCCCUAUAAUUUAGCCCCACAAUCUGUAUUCAGUACAUUCACAUAUGACACACAAAAGAAUAAUAAAGUAUUAUUACACUGUAACAAAACAAUAGAAGUCACAUUUUGUUAGCUCAGAACACAUGCAGUCUGCCCCUUUUCCCUCGCCAUACAGUGUCUUAAGUGCACAAUGCCCAGUUUGUUACGAGGGGGGAAUGGGGUAGAACACUAACGCAGGGUGUGACUUAUGUGAAGGGGAGAGAUAGCAGGCGGGAGAGGAUACUUGACCCUUCUGUCAGCCAGUUCAAUCUUACUCCCCAAGGUUGUUUUUCUCAUGCAAAACUGCCCUAAGCUAGCAUUAUCAGAGCCUGUAAUGAGAUUCAUAGUUUUAUUACACAUGUAGAUAAGAUAAAUGCUACUUUGGAGAUCUUUGGACGGUUGGAUAUGAAAAAUGGGGCUUCAGAUAGAAAAUGGAAUGCCUGUUUCUUCUUGUCACUUGUCAUCUGUUAGGUUUAAAAAGUAAUCAUUUUAAUGGGGAAUGGUGGAGGGGAAAGCAAAGGGGAAAAAUUACACUGAGUCUUUAAUGUGUAUUGCAUGAAUUUGUUGUUAAUAAUUGCUUAGAGAAAAGGGCCAUCUAUUGGAAUAUAAAGUUGAUAUACGACCAUUUUAAAAUUGUUGAUUGCUACAAUUUUAAAUGCAGGCUGGCUAUCAGAUCACUCAGCAAAGGCUUCCCAUUGCUGUGAAUGGGAACUUGUCAUACAUUCUGCGCAUGGGAAAAAACCAGAAUGAAAUGGUAACCAGGAGUGUGAGGAUCAAGCAGAUACAGUUGGAGCAAGACAGUGGAAAGAGUCUUCAUGAUGAUUUAAGGAGCCAGACCCUUGUGGAUUUGAACAGGGCAGGUAGGUUUGAUACUCUUUUGUCUAUGUAACUAUUAUCUAUAUUUUUUAAAAGGAAAAAGGCAGCAGCAUUCUGUGCUUCUGUCUGAGGCUGUCAAUGUUACCUCCUGAUUCAAGUUGUUCUACACACACAAACAUAAACUGAAAGGCUGGCUUGAUCAAGGCAUCAAGAGAAUGCCUUUCUCACAGCUGGUCUGCAUGUCUGGCAGUAAAUCCAGGGAUGGGACUCUGGAUGAUAGUUGUGUUUGCCAUUUUCUAAGGUGAAAGGUGAAUCUGGAUCCUUCAUACAUGCUCAGGCACACACAGAGAGAUCUGUUCUUCAAGCCCAGGUUCUUCCAGCCAGGAGUGUGAAUGGAAGAAUGUGGAUUUAGACAUGAACUGAAUGGAAAAGUGUGAGACGACGGAUUGAUACAAUAUAUUGAGUGUGGCACAAUAUGGCCUAGAUGCUGAACCAUAACAUCUCAGCCCACACAUACAUGCUUACUAUUUUGUGUAGGGGAAAGAUUGAGGUUUGUUGGGGAAAGUUUAAGCACCUUCCAUCUGCUGGGUCUUGCUGCCAAUUCUGUUUUUCAGUGGCCUGUGCUGCCAGGCCUGAUUUUUUUUAAAAAAAAAUUGCCAAACACAAUAGAGAGGAAUUGCUGUCUCUGAACCUUCUCCUAGCCCGAAUUAGGAAGUGUCCUGGCAAUACUAUGGGUCGCUAUGACUUUGUUGAAUUUUAUUACUUGAUGAAUUUGUUCUCGUCAUUUGCUUUUAUAUGCCAAUGUGUUUGAUGUUAUAGUGAUUGCAAUGUUUGUUUGUUUGUUUUAAUGCUACUGCGAUUAUUGCGAGCCUCUUUGUGCUCAACAUUUUGUUGCUGGAAAAGCGGGAUACAAAUAUUAAAUCAACUCAACACUGCUUUUGAGCUGUCUGCUUUCCCCUUGAAAAAUGUUGGACCUCGUUUUUUCUCUUGGUGAUAGAGGGAAAUGAGCGUUCGUGUGCCGGUUCUGCAGAUCCAAGCGUUUUGACAGUGAUUAAAUAAUAAAUGAUUACCAGUUUCUCCUGGCACAAAAGCUUAAGCACUUUUCACGUGGGCUCUUCAUUUUUAAUGUCUGAACUGUUUACAUGAGAUCAAAAGCUGCUGUUCAGAAUUUCUUGUCUGUCUCUGGUAGGAGUUGGCCUCAUGGAGGUUGUCAUGGAGCCCGACAUGUGCUGUGGGGAAGAGGCGGCUGCAGCAGUGAGAGAGCUUCAGCUUAUCCUGCAGGCUCUUGGGAGCAGCCAAGCAAACAUGGCAGGUAGAGACCUAGGAGGGCAUGUUUAUCAUUCCUCAACUGUAAUUUUCUUCUCACAAAGGCACUUUCACGGCAUCUUACUUACUUUGCCUUCCAGCUGCUUAUCAUUCGGUAUUGUUGUGGUGCCGUGUUGUGUUUUGGUUCCUUUUUUCCUUCGUCAAAAUCUUCUGAUUCUGAAUUAAGGUCACUUGCGCCUCUGGUGCCUAAGAGGGACCCAGCUGCCUCAUCUUCAGCUCAGAUUCUUUUGUACUCCUAGGCCUUUCUAAAUUUUACAUAAUAAAUCUUAGCAGGAAGGGAAUGACUGAUGGCUUCUGUGCUGCUUCUCCCUCCCCCCUCCCCUUGCCCGCUUGCCUUCCUUCCAAGUGAUGCUGUGAUGCAGAAUCUUUGGAAGAACUGCAGUUGCAACCCGACUAUUAAUCUCUGGGCUCACCUCAGCUAUGUGGGAGCAAUCCUGGGAGGGUUUGGAGGGAGGAUCAAGCGAUGCGGGUAGCAGUGAUGUUUGAUAUCAAACACUUAACAUGGUAGGGUAUAUGUGUAUGUAUACAUAUACCAAUUGCAUAUUAGGAUUCGUCCAGCACCUCAGAAUUAAUUCUAGAUCAAGGUCCCCACAAACUACUAUAUUGGAGCUCAUGAAUAAGCAUCAACAUCUCUCACACUCAAUUCCUCAUUAUAUUGUGUGCAUCUUGGCACCUCCCCUUUUCCUUCAUACUCUCGUCUUAGCACGCAGCCUCACACUUGCUGAAAGCAGCAAUAAUUAUUUAGGAGGAAACACGCUGUCUGCUGUGGGCUCUGCGCUUCUGAACAGUGGUCAGCAGCGUUGCUUAUUUCUGCCCCUCCUGUUCAGAAAUCAUCAGCAGAGAAAAAUUGUAGCCACUUAAAUAGGCCAGCUGCCUUCCAAAUAAACCCUCAGUGGGGCAUGGAGUGGAUGAUGGCGCCUGCCACUCCUUGUCAGUUUACUUGAGGUUUCCCUUGCUUUCUGCUGCCUUCUCUAACACCAAUUCCUCUGCUUACAGUUGCAAUAGUUCCUGCUGCUGGUGGUGUCAGUUGCUUCUAAGAACUUUUUCAGGAAAGCAGCCUUAACCUGGAAGAGGUUUCAUUGAUUUUUAUCCUUUUUUAUUAUUUAUUUGUUUCCAUUUGUUUCCUGCUUUUGUAUUGAAUGGUGCCCAAGGCAUCUUUUUAGGUAUUCUUUGUGAUGACUUCUUUUUUAUUUUUAACACUUAACUGAAGGAGCAAGCACCCAUAAGCCUUGACACGGAGCAUAUUCCUUAAGAUAUAAUUUUCAGGGAAUGCACAUUAAUUUGCAUCCCUUUUUUCCAAUGGCGGAUUUUUGGCUGUGAAAUUCUUGUGGGGCUUGCACCAUUUGCUCCUCUGUCUGCUAGUGGUAUUUUUUUCCUGCAGUCUUAUCAGAUUCAGCCACAUUCAUUUUUCAGCCAGUGAUACAGAGGCUACUUUUGUAUUAUCUGAGCUAUUUCUCAUUGAGGAUAAGUUUGCCCCUUCCUGCCUUAUCUAUCUUCCAAUUGAGUGUGGAGACAAAGGCUGAAUUCAGCAUCCAUCCUUUCAAUAGCAGGUACCUGCAGUGUGCCUAGAUCAGGUACAUGGCUUCAUUGCAAGAUAAUCGGAAAAGGUGAAGGCAUUUGAGGGGAGAUGCUAGCUGUCUGAUUGCCAUGCCGUGCCCUUGGGUCUAGGGGAGUCUCCAGGAGUAGAUUGAGCACAUGGUUACUACCUACAAGAGUGGGACUUUGAAGUCAACUAAAAAUGAAGGUGAAGGUAUGACCUGUCAAAGGGUAAGCAAUAAGUAGUUCAUCUGUAGCUAGGAGUCUAAGAACAUGCAAUUGCUUAAUGGACACUUAAUCCAGAAAGAGCAUUGUGAUAAAGGACAUAGCAGAACCACAAAUGAGCUGUGGGCCAAGGGAACAGGUAGUAGAGAUUCACUUCCACUCAAUACAAAUACAAUUUCAAGUCUUAGGGAAUGCAGGCAGAGUUUCAGUUACUCUACAGUUUCAUUAUUGCCCUGUGGAAUUUGGUCCCGGGCAUAGAAUAUCUGACAAUAUUUGCCUUGCCUUUUUUUUAAAGAGAAAUAUUUCUAGUCCUCAGGAUUUGAGGAAAUGUACUUACAUAUAGCUCUUGCCAACCUAGCAGUUCGAAAGCACGAAGUGCAAGUAGAUAAAUAGGUACCACUCCGGCGGAAAGGUAAACGGCGUUUCCGUGCGCUGCUCUGGUUCGCCAGAAGCGGCUUAGUCAUGCUGGACACAUGACCUGGAAGCUGUACACCAGUUCCCUCGGCCAAUAAAGCAAGAUGAGCACCUCAACCCCGCGACUGGACCUAACGGUCAGGGGUCCCUUUACCUUUAUUUACAUAUAGAUAUUUUGUAGAAUCAUAGGAGUAUGAAAUGUGUCUCAAGGACAAGAUGCAGAUUUUUUUGUCUGCUUGGUUGGUGCUGUGUUUGGGUUCCUGCGCUUGUGAAAUACAUACGCAACCACAGUAUUGGUUGUGUAUAGAGCUCUCAAUAUAAGCAAGAGGUCCAAUGGCUUCAGUCAGUGAUGUUCAGGCCUUCUGUCUUGAGGGAACCCUUUUCACAUUAACAAGCCUACCGAGGAGCUCCUGUAUGUGUUGGCUCAAGAACAUCUCCAGAUAGGCCUGCCUGAAACUAUGUUGAGUGGACAAUACUGAGCUAGGUGAAACUUCGUAUCUUCUUUCAUUCAUAAAUUAGCCAGUCAAUUUAUUGAGCCAAUCAGUUUCUUGAGCAGUCUAGCUCUCUGACAAAUGUGCUUGUUUGAUAGACGUGCUUGCAAACACAAGUUUGUUGUAUUCAUGCUUUUUCAUACUUCACACUUACAGUAUACAUACUUUACUAUAAUGUAAAAAUCGUCAUGUGUGAAGUAUGCCAGAAGCUGUUGAUCAGAGGAGAAACAGAUCCAUACCCACAACUAAACCAGCAGCAUGCAGUCAUCCAUCAUUCUGGCAAUGAGAUUUCCUUGCAUCCAUGCCGUGUUUUUCCCCCCUGGGGGGCGCAGGGGUACGCAUGCCCCUAAACAUUUUGUGAAUAUUUGUACUUUUUUCCAUUUACUGUAUUUACAAUGUGAACUAUAAAAUUGUGAUUUUCUUGAGUCAAAAUGAGAGUACCCCCUAAACAUUUUUAAAGAAAAAAACACUGCCUCCAUGUACAUGUGCUUUGUGAGACCACCUUAAAAGGAAGGGCGCUGUCCUCCAGCACUUUUCCUUGCCUUGUGUUCUUCACAAAAAUAUAGAAUGGGAGCACUUGUGUCUUUGGAAAGUGCCCUUGAGAAGACUUAACACUGGCUGGACAAUCAGUUUUUAUCCUUUACAAAUGCAAUUCCUGUGCUGUUUACUGCAUUGUGUAAAUAUCCAAUAUUUGCUUCACUUUAAAGGGCAUUAACGUAAGUGUUGAUAAGAAGGAAGAUGCAAAAGUGUGUGUUCUGUGUCAUUUAGCGGGAUGGCGUUUAUUGGGGAGGGUGUUAUAUUGGUUGCCAGACUGUUAAAUACCUGUUUUUCAAAGGAUGUGGAAAAGCAAAGAAUAAUAACUCGAAAAGGCUUGUUGUGGUGUUUCUACCCCAGCUUUCUCUUUUGCAGGAGAUUGCCCUCUGCAUCACUUUCUACAGGGCUAUAUGUAUGACACUUUUUGGCAGCUGGGAAGGCUUCGAAAUUGUAUUUGUGGCAAAGAUUACAGUUCCUUGCAGGGAAGGCAAAAACAGGUUUCUGACACCUGUCCUUGAGGCGUAAAUUUUCAAGGACACUUCAGUAAAUCUGCCCUGAGCAGUAAUUGGCUUUGUGACAGAGCCAUGUGAACUCCUCAAAUGAUAGUUUCAUACUAGACAAAAGCCAUAUUCUGUCUUGACGUUUUGUGGUUUCACUGCUUGCCGUUAGGGACUUUGGUCAGAUUUCUCUUCUCUUCCUAGGGAGGAUCAUCAAAGGACCUUCGUGUACAACUAUUAGUUUGGUUAAAACCUCAAGAAACAAAGUCUGAUUAAAAGAGGUGUCACAUUGCAAAAAGUUUGCACAGUAGAUUCCAAAUGUUGUGCCGCAGUUCUCUGUGCUAUGUAGUCUUGCCAGGAAUUUGUAUCUGAGCUACAAAACCUUAAUGGGGGGCAUGUCCUCUAUUUUUUAUAUAAAAAAAAGACUAUGGCUGCACAAAUCCCAUAUAGCUCUGAAGCAAUGACUUGAAGUCUAUUCAAAAUGAGUCUAGAAGCUUGGAAAUGAUGUAAGAGCUUCAUUCCAUUUGAUUUCUGAAACGGCUGGGUAUUCUCUCAAUUGCUUCUGUGUCUUAAGAUGUAUGCAUCUGCUAUCUUGAGAGGGGUGUCCAUGUGCUUGGUUCACAGCUAAGAAAUGUCGACUUGGGACAAAUCUCUAGAAGAGAUUCCAGUGUGUGUGUGUGUUGCCUCUGACAGAACUGUCAAUCCCUUCUUGUUAGAUCUUCAGGCGUAGAAAGAUGCAGGCAUGAAGGAAAAAAUGGCCCUUUGAUUCUCUUCAGGGACAGCUAAUCCAUGUCCUGUCCCAAACUUUUUACUGGAAGCCCUGUACAAACCAAUUGCAGAUAAUGUGGGAUUAAUUCCAUUUGAUGAAAUCUCAUUCUACUGCUGAUAUCUCUUUAGAGGGUCAACUGAGAGUAGAUGCCAAUGUAUCCGUGCAUCGCCCUGGAGAACGUCUUGGAGUGAGGACUGAAGUGAAGAAUAUCAACAGUGCCCGAUUUCUUGCCAAGGCCAUAGGUAAGUGAAGCACUUCCUCCCAAAUGAAAAUCUGGGCAGGGAGUUUGGAAUCCCAUGCCAGAAAAAACCACAUCAGUUUCUGUUACUGGGCAGGUUAUGCUAAUAAUAUAUACAAACCUGCUACCUCUAAGUUGCAUGCAUUGUUUUGAUGUUUUUAGCCUAGCUGAAAUCCAUCAUUGUGAACUGUAAUAAUGUUUUGCGUUAAUAGCGGUCGCUGUGUGUAGAAACCUUUGGCUUUUGUGUGACUGGGGUGUAGCUUUUGCCCCUGGCCACAGAUGGUCUAGAAAUACAGUGAUUGGAACGAGCCUUUGGGGGAGGAGACCUUGACCGGGAACAUAACUUCUUUGCUGCCUUCCUUGUUUGGAAUGGCUGCUUGUACCAUCACUUCUGUAAUCAAUAGGACCAGGUGCCUGCAAACUACUUAAACGGUACUUAAUUGGCUGAAAUGCAAGCAUGCUGGUUUAAUUUGUUCUUCUUAAUUCUGUUUUCCUUGUUUUAAGUUAUUACCUUAUAUUGCAUGUUAGCCCAUUAGGUGUGCGCACAUGCAUGAAAUGUGGUGUUAUAAUACAGGGAAAGUAUAAUUUCUUGGCUGGCAGUUGAUUGGUGGGUUUUUGUUAGCAGGGCCUCCUCUGCAACAAGGAAAGCAAAAUGUAAUGGCUUGCUGUUUAGCCCAUGGCAGUUUUAGUUCCAUAGUAGCACGGCCACAUUCCCUUAGAUGACGCAAGAGAUACAGAGUGGUGGUGGUGGGGAAGUAUGUGAGCCACAGAGAAUGUGCAUCUGCAAUGUGAGUGUCGCAUGAAGAGGCGGAUGCUGCUAUGUUUCUAUGCAACAGAAUUAUUGGGCUCAAAAUAGAGAAAGGGAAACAUGGGAGGGAGCCUGAAUAUUGUCUAGCUGAACCCCCUACAAUGCAGGGAUAUACAUACAGUGGUACCUCGGGUUACAAAUGCUUCGAGUUACAUGUUUUCAGGUUGUGGACCGCGGGAAACCCAGAAGUACUGGAAAGGGUUACUUCCGAGUUUCGCCACUCGCGUGUGCGCAGAAACACCAAAUUGCGUCACGAGCGUGCGCAGAUGCGGCGCUGCAGGUUACAAACGCUGCCGGUUGCAGACGUGCCUCCAUCAUGGAUUACGUAUGCAACCUGAGGUUCCACUGUACAUCAUUUUGUUCGUAUGCUGCCUUUCCAUAGAAUCAUGCUCAGGGCCACUUACAACAUGGGGGAAAAACCAUAGUCACAAAACGUAACAAAAAUAGUCAUAAACAAUCAAUAAAACAUCAAAAAGUACACCACCAAAUUGCUCAGUUUCCACAUAAAUCAUAGUAAGAUCUGAAACAAAGACUCAAAAAUAGUAAUAUAACAGCAACAACCCCCCACAACAAAAACCCCUAAACAAUACCUCAGCCCAAGAGUCUGUUCAGUAGCCUGAGCUUUUGUAGCUGGAGUCAGUCCCAGGCCAGGUUGGGAAGCAUGUCUUCCAGGACUCAGUCAAGAUUUAUGAGUGCCACUAUAUGUUAGAGGAAAGGUUGUAGCUCAGUGGUAGAGCGCAUGCUUUGCAUACACAAAGGUCAGUCUGUGGCAUCUGCAGGGAGAACCAGAAGGACUCUAGUUUAAUCCUGGAUUGUCACUGCCAGUGGUUUCACUUGGAGUAAGGCAGCUUUAUUAUAUUUCUGUAUAUGCGGGUUAUUUUUGCAUCUUGGGGUGAGUCAAAAAACACAGAACUUGCUCUUGAUCUCCAAAAGAAAUUAGUCCAACAAAGGCCCUUUUGAAUAAAGGUGGAGAUAAAAGUGUGCAGUCAGUCUUAGUCUGUAUGAGAGCAGAAUGACCGUUCCAGCUGUAUGACUUCAGGGUGUUUUGGAAUGGGAUUGUGUUGAAAAUGUAUGCCUUCCAAAAAUGGUAUAAAUUAAAUGUCAGAAAGCAAUUCAGUUUAUUUGUGAUUCUCUAAUAUUUCUGUUAGGCUUACUUUGGCAUUGAUAAGCGUUUUAAAGUGUGUGUCUCCCCAACCCCCCAGGUUUGAAAAUUUAAAAUAGGCAAAGGUGCAUCACAACUAAGCUUAAUUUAUUUUUUUUGUUAAGACUAUGAAAUACAAAGGCAAAUUGAAGAGCUGGAGAAUGGAGGAACUAUUUUGAAUGAAACCAGAGCCUUUGACUUUAAACGUGGGUAAGUUUUUCAUUCUACCAUUGGUGGGGAUUGUUUGUUACAUAUUGGAAGGACAUACCCACCUCCACCCCUCAAAAAAAAAAUCAGAUGAGAGGAAGGCAGCAUUAUUAGCCACAGAGCUACCCUGAACAUAUCUAAUGCUCUGUUCCUAAACAAAAUCAUUUUGAAUUAUGGACCCAUGGCCUGUUCAUACAGCCACUGGACAUGUGGUAGCUAUGAGGGAAGUACUUUGAAAUUCUGUGUGAUGGUUCUUGCCUGUGGCAAUCUGGCUUUCUGCCAUAUUUGUAGUUUUGGUUUUCUACACAUUCUCCUUUUUGUGUUUAAAUGCUGAAAGUCAAAUUCUACAGAGGGUGGACUUGGCAUACAACCACCAAAGCGCCUAGGUUUCUUCCCCCCUGCUACCUGUUACAUACUGAGAUAAUCAUGUGAUUAUGCCUCUGUGAGUGAGAAGAUUCCUAUGUAUAGACGCUGAAGUCGGCAGAUUAAUAAUAAUAAUAAUUUAUUAUUUAUACCCCGCCCAUCUGGCUGGGUUUCCCCAGCCACUCUGGGAGGCUUCCAACAGAAUAUUAAAAUACAAUAGUCUAUUAAACAUUAAAAGCUUCCCUAAACAGGGCUGCCUGCUCAGGAGAUAAGCAUUUAAAUUGCUAAGAGUACAGUAAUGCCAAACUAUCUGUUAGGGUGGCCAUGAGGAACCUCUGGCCUAUGGCCAAAUUAGAUCCAGCAGGCUGUUUUUCCAAACCAUGACCACCUGCCCCCACACCUGACAUCAGGUAACCAUGAAGCUGCAAAGGACGAACUCGAAGCUUAAAAUGCCAGUGAACCCCACUUGUCAAGGAGCAGUCAGCUAGGUUGGCUGCAGUAGGGGAUUCCUCACUGUUGGCACCAGUCAACCAACCUAACUUUUUGUCCUUAUUUUUUUAGGCUCACCAUAGCAAUGAGAGACAAAGAAGGAAAACAAGACUAUCGGUAAUUAUCUUUAGAUCGUUUCUGACGGAAACUCUUCAUUGUAAGUUGCGAUUCCCUUUUGGCUUCCUCAGAGUUGACAAGUCAUUGGUGAUGGUAAUUACCUCAGAGUGAUUCCUCGGAGUUGAGAGGAAGCUGAAGAGAAUUAGUCACCUGCUGCCCUUCGGUUAGACUUACAACAGGUGCGGGGAGGGAGGAUAUUGUUCUGAUGCAUUUAUUAAUAUUUUAACAGUGAAGUUUAUAAUUUGUAAUGCUGCCAUGUUCCACUGCCAAAUCACAUUGAGACUAGCAGGCAGCGUGCGAGAGGGCCUUCUCUGUAGCAGCAACCCUCUUUCUCCCAAGACAAGUUCAACUGGCCUAUUCAGUAAUGGCUUUUAGUCAAGAUAUGUUGGCUUCUGCAGACUUCUGGUGGAUUUUUAUUGUCAGUUUACUUUGGAAUCAUAGAAUUGUAGGGAUGGAAGGAAACCCAAGGGUCGUCUAGUCUAAUGGGCAGGUGGCCCGUAUGAACUCACAACCAUGGUGUUAUCAGCACCAUGCUCUAACUGUUUUACUGUUCUCAUUUUUAUUGUACCAAGACUAGUGUUUUGUUGCUAUAAAUGUAAACGAGCUUGGAGGGCCCAGAGGGCUGAAAGGCAAACCAGAAAAUUUUCUAUAAAUGAUCCCAAGACAGACCACGGCUGAAAAUAACAUUCAUUCUUGUUUGCUGGUCGUCAGUCAGGACUUUGCAAUCUAUCCCUGGCUGCUAGAAGACAGAGUUGUAUUCCCAAAGGUAAACCCAUUGAAAUUAAUGGAACUAAGUUAGCCAUGACCUAUGGGUCUACUGAGUAAAAGUGAGUUGAGAAUAUAUCACACUCCAAGCUGGUCUGUUCUACUGUCAGAUUGCUCAUACCAUCAUGAAGUUCUUUCUAAUGUUUACUCUUUAAAUCAUUUUUUUUCUUUUUUAAAAAAAUUUCCCUUUUACUUUGAACCAAUGGGUUUAGCUCCUACCCUCUGGAGCAACAGAAAAAAAAUCUGAUUUGUUGUUUUCUGACAGCCCUUCAAAUAUUUGAAAUAGCUGCCACCUCUUUAGUAGUCUGUGCUACAAAUUUUUAUUACCGGCUGAAAUUUGUUAAAAGCCCACUUCCAGGUAUGUUCAAAGCUGCAUAAAUAGCACUUCCAGUUGUCCAUCAUCAUUUGAUCAUAAUAUCCUUGCUACAUGGAUAAAAGUGGGUGUACUUUUUUUCAAUAGAGUUUUGAUUUUUCCACAGCUAAUGCAGUUGAACACUGUAGCUAAUGCAGUGCUAACCUCUUUAGACCUCAUUUUCCUAUAUCGCAGGAUACUGUGUGAGGAGAGGGCUGUGGCUAUUUCAUUAGUUCUUUACACAUCUGCUAGCCUCAGCCUGUUUCACUGCUUCAACUGAUGAACUUGAAUGUUUUGUUUAAAAUAAAAUAAAAACGGGGAGAAAGAAAGCAUGGAUAAAUCAAUUCAAAACCUAUAGUGAAUUUUGCUUUUUAAACUGUGCUUUUGUUUAUUGAAAUCUGGAUUUGAAAGCAGUGGGUGUAGCUUAAGUCUAACUUCUUCAAGGAAUGCAUCUCCGCUGUUUGCAAAGAGACAUGGCAACGCUUUAAUUGUUUAAGUUUGCAAAUCCAUCAUUUGUUCGUGCAAGGCAGGCUCUUUAAUCGCCAUGUUUUUGUGGUGGCUUGAAUCAGCCCCUUCUUCGGCGCAGCCCUUGUCAUUUGAUGUUGUCACUCAGAUUUAUUUGCCAUGGCACCCCACUGAAGAUGGCAACUUGGCUUUUAGCACGGUUUCCUCCUUUCAUUGAAACUCCUCCGACUAACACGAGGGAGGUUGCAACCUGCGUGGAACACUGCUAGCAUCUGGCUGUCAUUCUUCCCUUUUCCUUUUGCCAGAUUGUAGUCCCAGUUGGUCUGAAAUCACAGGUCCUGUUAGGCACCGAGGACGAUAAGCGACAUCUGCAUUUUGUUUGUGUUUUUUUGGAAGGGCAUAAAAUGGCUUAAAUUUAUUCCUUCUCCCCGUUGCUGGCUGUUGACAGCCAGUGGCGGAUCAUCAAAAAAAAAAAAAGGCGGCUUGAUGCUAUGCACCUCGGCACAGGGGCUUAUCUGUUGCUGCUGAGAGGACUUGCACUCGGCUGUGGACUCUGUGGACUUUGGUUUGCUUACGUUAAGUCCCAUAAUUGUUAGGAGAAGGAGCAACUUCAUCACAGGUGGCUGGGAUGCAGCUAAAGGGUUUAAGUGAAAAGGACAGCAGAGGAGCCUCCGUUUGUUUUCUCCCAGGUUUAUGCCGGAGCCGAACCUUCCUCCAUUGAUUCUUCGCGAUUCUAAAUCUUCGCCUGCUCACACAAGCGACCGGCAAGUGGUGAAUAUUGAUUGGCUUCGGGAGAGGCUUCCUGACCUCCCCAGUGCGAAGAGAGCAAAGCUUGUUGAAUGUUAUGGGAUUCAGCCUCAGCACAGUUUCACCUUAUUGGUAGGUCUAUUGACUGAACAUUCAAGUAAACCAAGAAACUUCAAAAGAUUCAGUGCUUCAGAAAACACUCCUAAAAAUGUCAUAUUAGCCAGCUGUCAGUUCUCAUAGAUUUUUCUUACGUAGAAAAUGAGUUCAACACGCUUGGCUGUUUCUGCUCAGAUAAUGUACACAAGAGGGUCUCUGAAACUAUACCUGCUUUUUUGGGGGGGGGGCAUGCGUCCAUCAGCAUCAUAGUAAAUUGAAAUAUAUAGCCAGUUAUUGUAGCCUCAAAACCCUUUUUGUCUUAAAAACAUUCCUGUAUUGUAAUUUUUUCAAUGUAUUUGCCUACAACACUGCUAUCUCUGGAAUGCUGGCAUUAAAGUAUGUGCUCUGUGAGCCCAGUUGGUGCAUCUCAUCCUAAUGUACCAGCUCAAUCAAUCUUAAGAGCUGGGCCAGUAGGGCUUUUUCCACAUUAUUCUUCAGCUUGUGGCUAUAUUCCGUGGAGUAUCGCUGUCUGUAACAUUGAAAAGUCGCACGCCAAGCAGUUUUAAAUUUUUUGUUAACCUUCUCUUGGAUGCAUGACCUUUGGACCACCCUUGUAGCUUAAAGGGGGAGAAAUUCAUAGAACAGCACCAUAUGGCUUUAUGACAUUUGAUCCAUUAUUCUACCAUAAACUUACGUUAAUGCACUCUAAAUACUAGAAAGAAACUGUGACACUUUUCUGGAAUUUAAUCAUGCAUGUAUCUGUCAUAAGCCUACUAUAUGAACAAGCCCUUUCAUGUAACAUAUAUGCUGGCUCCAGGGCUUCUUUUCAGCAGUGGAAAUAAAUGAGACUGCCUAGCCUAACCUUAGAUUCCUUUCAUUCUGCUGAGUACUCAGCUUUGACUAAUGUUAGCCUUUCUCCUGUGUUUUUUCCUUCCUCAUCUCUUUAUGUCUAAUGUGUCUUUCUGACACUUAGACACCAGGCCUAUUCUGGAAGCCUGUAUAGGUGAGCAGAAAGUAACUCAGGUGCUUAUUCUGAAGAUGGUACCAACCCACUGAGCCAACCCAUUGAGUACUAUCAAAGUUUUUGGUCCAAUAAUGACUCCCUGCCAUCCAUUCUCUCUACAUUUAGGUCUUGGGGAGGGGGUAUUGUUCCACAAACACGAUUUCUUUUCUUCUGAUUUACUGAGAGUCCAGCCAAUCUAAAUUCACCUGAGACAUCUAGUUUCCGUUGGUGUUUUAAGCCUACAUCAGGAAUACAUACAGAUUUCUAAUGGGGAGGAUGCAUAAAUCUAAUGAGCAGUCUUUCAAGUUAGAGUGCCCAAGCGUGCUCAUUAAAUAAAUGGCAUAGGUACUGGGACACCUUCAAAAUGCAAGAUCCACGCUCCCUGCCAACUUGUUAGCGGAAGCAUUGUGCAGGGGAAAUUGCAUUAAAAUAAAGUCAUACUUCAGUAAUGAAAUAUUAUUAUUAUUCUUUGGUUAGUUCGUGUUGCAUUAAUCCUUAGGGGGAUUUUGAAGUAUGUAUUCUAAAUUUCCACCAGGCUACAUUAACUGUAACGAGCCCCCAAAAAUAAAAUAAUUAGAGCCUGCGCAUAAAAAUAGGCAGGAAACAAGCAUUAUUCAGCAAAGGCAAUAAAUUCAGUGUUGUACAUGUAGCUGAAGCAGGGUAUGGUCCAAGAAUGAAUAAGGCAUUGUAUGGUGAAACACAGGUCUAAAUAAGGGUAGAAGAUAUAAAGCUUCAAUGUAUGUAUAUAGUUUGGUAUCCUUUGGACUAUGUUGCUGUUCCACCAAGACCUCCAGCAUCUUCAGUGAAUAUAAAAAAUACAUAAAAGGACCUCUGGUUUUGCUCGGCUCACAGUAAGUAAUUUGGCUCCCAGUAUUUUCAGCAGUGAGAAAAUCCCACACUUCCCCAAACCACUGAAAAAUAGCACCUUUCGCUAGUGAAAAGUGAUACCUACUUUCUGAAGUUUAGCUUAUAUUGCUAAAAUUUCACCCAAUGCUUUUAAUUUCACUGAGCUGUUCACAUACUUUUGCCUCUGCUUCAACAAUAACAGCUUUUUAUACAUUACAUAUGAUAGUUACGGCCUUAUGGGAUGCAUUUGGUGUCUAAAUGUGGGGCCCCCUUUGAGCUCGAGGCCCUGGACCAAAUGGCCCCCCUUCCGAUUGGUUCUGCCUGCACACGGCUGGUAAUUGCUCUGAGCUCCUGCUGAAAUCUCUCCUUUGAUUGAAUGGACACUAGGCAUGUGGACUGCGGGUUAGUGUUGCUGUGGGACCAGGGUGUUAUUUCCAAUACAUCCCGAGUAUUCUCCCCAAACAUCUCCUGACAUCUUUGACUUGCAUGCGAGUGUGUGUAUGAAAUUUAAAAUGGCAGCAGUAGUAGACAGAUCCACAUCGGUGUACUUGUUAAAUAUGUAGGCUUUCUACCAGACUGAACAUCUCAUCAAGCUCUUAGGAAUAUGUGUCUAAUAUAUGCAGUAAGAAAAUUGAAUCUGCUGACAAACUUGCUUUGAACUGAAUGGGACUGGAUAAGGGUUAGGAUUUUGGAGACGAUUUCACUUGGCACUGGAUAUAAGCAAGUUCCGUUCAAGGGUUGCCUUGUGUGUGAGCUUAUUCCCUAAGCUGACAAACUGUCUGAGAGAAAAAUAUUCCUCCUGUGAGUCAUAGGAUUACUCCAGCCUUCUGUGCUGAGUGAGUGCUGGUUUGAGUCUGCCAUGCAUUUUGAUCAACUUUCCGGCAGUAAAAGCUGUCUGGAAGCAAAUGACUGCUCGAGUCUUGCUUGCAAUACAAAAACUGCAAAAACUAGAAGGCAAGGAUUCGGCUUGUCACUCAGGAGGAGUUUUGAUUCAACUUAAAACACACACUCGCAUUUGACAGAAGCAUUUACAUUGUGACUAAUGAUGCUUGCUGAUCUGCCUUUAAUUACCGGGUCUCUAUAUAAUCUGUUUAAAGAUUAUAGAGUUGUGUGUUUUCCUCUUGCUUUGUGUUUGUCUGAAAUUGAUUCUGACUGUAUGUGCCAGUUCUGGUUCAGAUGUUGGAUGGGUUGUUGUAGCCAUAUCUAUUUCAGCCAUUUUAGAAAGCAUCAGUAUAGAGUAUUAUGAAAUUGGACAGUAAGCAGGGCGAGUCCUGGCUGAUCUUUCAUACUGGGUUAACAGGAGUUUUGCCAAGCUCCUCCUUCCCCACUAGACUCAACACCUGUGCCUUUCUUUAACUGCCUAGUGACAUAGAUACAAAUUUUUACCACCUGUUUACACAUCUCUCCCUUGGGACACUCCCUUAUAAUGUGAGUGCUUACGUGCUUCUGUGAUGUCAUCAGAUUUCACAGGGAAGGGAAGAAAAACUAUGGUAUGCUUUCAGGGUGGGUUGUGCCGUUCUGAUUGUGUAUGUAUUUGGUGGUCUCAGAACACUAAAAAGAGCAGCCUAACUUUGAAAACAUACACACACAAGCAAAAAACUUCAUGAAUUAUAAGGGUAUACAAUUUCUGCAAAACUAGCAGUGGAGAGGCUAAAGUCAUGCCUAUCUUGCUAUUCUAUUGAAUACUCAUGCAGUGGCAGUUUUUGGAAGCAUUGUGAAGUUAACUUGAGGCAUGUUGAUCAAUUGACUGUUGCGAAUAGCUGAGAAGCCAAGAGGUUAAGAAUAUUCCACAUGUGAUAAGACCCGAAAGCUCAUGGAUAUGAGUUUUUAUUUUUUGGUUUUGGUUUUCUGGUGGUAUGGAUAGCUGGUUCGGCUGCUGCCAUCUUAACACACCAUUUUGUCUCUGAGCAGAAUGAAGAUGGAUUAGUAGAAUUUUUUGAAGCUGUGGUGAAUGCAACAGGAAUGGCUCCCAAAAAGGUCGUUGGCUGGAUUAUAAAAGAUAUUCUUGGCUAUUUAAAACACUAUAACCUUGAAGUAAAGGAAAGGUGAGGCUUUUUAAUGUUUAUACUUUUGCGCAAGCAAAUAUGUACACAAAUAUUAGUCUUCGAUAAUGGUAAAUAAUGUAGUCCUCUGUUACCACAUGGGCAUCUGAAUAAACUGUUCAGUGAUUAAGGAUGCCACAGUAACCUUCAAGGUUCAGUUUCUUACAUAGUAGUUACUGUUGUUCAACUGAUGCAUAAAAAUCAUACUGAACCUUCUUUAUCUGAUUCUGCUAAUUUGCAAAAGGAAGAGGGGUGAGAUCAAUGGGUGAAGGAGAAAAGUAUUUUGCAAGAUAUAGGUGAACAGCGAAGAAAAGAGGGUGAACAUCCAUUAGAAUGUGCAAAUGACUACAGAUGUCAGCCAGCACUACAGUACUCUCAGUGGGAUGCGUGUUCCCAUUUGCAACUAGCACAUCUCCUCCUGUUUAAAAUUGCAUGAACAGAACUGGAUUAGGAUAGUCAUGGGGAAACCUAAUGUACAACCCAGGCAAAACAGUUGGAGCCUUUUGCUCAGAUGGUUUUCUGCACAUCCCAACUUUGAUACAACCAUAUUAAAUGUGAUGAGUAGCUUGUGCUGUAUUUCUACAUCUCUGCUUAUUUCAAUUCAUUUUAUGUGGUCUAGUCCAGUCAGUCCUCUUCUUUUGGCUGAACUUCUGAACCUUCUGGAAAGCGGAACGAUUUCUUCCUCGGCAGCCAAACAAGUGAGCAUUCCUCUUUUUAACAUUGCCUUUUGUUUUUCUCCAUGGCUCGCAAAAUGGCUGGCAUGGGGGGGAAGGACACAUUUUAGAGCUGAAAAGCUGCCAGAGUUCAUAUUCCCCUAAUGCUAGUUUACUAUUGGAAACUGUAGCCUCAGAGGCCACUUUAAGUGAAAAUAAAUUAUUGAUGGGGUUUGGACGUGGAGAAAACUAUACAGGAUCAUUACCAUGUGUACUCUAAGCCUCAGUCCCAUAUAAGAGAUAUGCAAGCUUCUUCAAAAUGUUUUGUAAAUAACUUUUCGUUAUUUUGUGGUUUGUUGUUUGUAACCCUCCUUUGGGAGGUGGGAUGGGAUAUAAUUGUAAUUAAUAAAUGAAUGAUGUAAAGCUAAUAAUUUAAACAUUUUUAUACAGCAUGUGUGUGUGUGUUUGGCUUGUUUGGCUACUUUUCCGAGCACAAUUCAAAGGGAAGGUAAACUGUUUUUCCGUGUGCUCUGGCUUCCAUCAUGGUGUUCCAUUGCACCAGAAGUGGUUUAGUCAUGCUGGCCACAUGGCCUGGAAAGCUGUUGGUGGACAAGCACUGGUUCCCUCAGCCUGAAAGCGAGAUAAGUGCCGCACCCCAUAGUUGUCUUUGACUGGACUUAAGCAUCCAGGGGUCCUUUACCUUUACCUUUUACCUGUUGGGGGAGGACUGUUUAGCUUUCAUCUGUUUGUAACAGAACUCGUAUUCUCUGUGUCUUUAAAUUAAUAACUUAUUCAAGAUUUAUACCCACCUCAAAUCCAGGGUAGGCUUCACAAAUGCUAUCUAAUAACCAAUAUAAUCAAGACACCAACUAACAAUGUCAUUGUUUGGCUAUUAUUGGUUAAUCCUGUGAAAAACAGCAUCCUUGCUACAUUUAGAAGAGGACAUUGAUGGGCUAGAUGUCUGAAGAAUAACAAAUGUUUCUAACGAUUCUCAGCAGUAGGCAGGGAGAUUGGAUGGCCUGAGGGCACAAAUAGCUAUAUACACGCACACAACAGUGAAUGAAUUGCUGCAUUUGAGAGUGGGGUGAUUGAACUGCAGCACUGAUGGGCUAGGCAAACUGAGACACACGCACACAGGCAACACAUGUACACAUUGUUGGAAGCUUCCAGCAGGGUUAUUGCUGCUGCUGCUGUUUCUGUUUUUGUUGUUGUUGUUGUUUAUGCUUUCUGCAGAUCAGGAAGCUCAAAUUGUGAAGGGCUGUGAGCCUUAUUAGAAAUGGUAUGUUCUGUGGCCAUGAGAGGAGGAAAUAUGGCUGCAUUGUGUAAUUGCAGCACUCCCAAACAAAUCUUUUUCCAAACCUAUGCACACAGCAACCAGAGAAUCUUUCCAGGUGUGAGCUUGUUUGCUUACUGUAUAGCCAAUUAAUUCAUAGCUACACAACAGAACCUUUCAGGUGAGACGUGUUUUCCUUGAUUAAGAGCUCUGACUGGGAAGCUGCACAAAUCCCAGCUUUUAAAGAUAGAGAAGUGCCUCACACUGAGUAAUGUCAGUGGUCCAUCUAGUCGCAUGCUAUAUAUUGUCAACCCUGAUGAACACAGGGUCUUUAUCCUAUCUCUUCCCUGCAAAAGAUUCUGAUAUGCUUACUUAAAUAUAUUUAACACCAUCACAUGCCUUGACUGUCUAAGGAAUGAGACCAAGUUGCACAGUGGCUACAUGGGAUUGCUUUCUUAUUGAAAAUUUUGUGGCCUCCGACCAAACAAAUGCAACUGCAAGUUAACAGCUUGAAGACUUGGUACAGGGCAGAUUAAUUUGAAGAGGCGCUCAAAUAGUGUCAGUGUGUAGUUUGCCACAUACCUGCACCGUUACUUUGGACCAGGUGAUCUUGUAGCCCUGGGAGAAAUUUCAUCCGUUGUGGCGGAAGAUUUGUAACUUUGUUAGUUCUCCCCCAUCUUGUUUUAAUCUUGUUUUGUGUAAAGCAAUGCUAAUUGUGCUGGGGAGCGUUACAUUAAAAAGCACUUCCAUUUUCUUAGCUUUGGUGAAUUAGUAACAUGGAAUUUCCAACAUGACAGUCAUUUCUGCAUUGGCAGAUUGCAAUUGCCCAAACAUGCAAUUAUGUCUUCAGUGCAGGAACGAGCAGAAGCAGCUGUUUUAAAAGGUCUCUUUCUCUCCUUCUGCACGCUCUCUCUCUCUCUGCCUCCAUCUCUGAAAUAAGAGCAGAGGGAAUACAGAAAAUGACUGCCCAAAGAAAUUGCUUUUUUAUAAAUAGCCCCAUUCUCUAGGGUUUUUUCCAAGGUAUCAGAGCCCAACUACAAAGCACUGUAACUUUAACUAAUAAUUAUUCCAGACAGACACUUAAGUUCAUCCAGCUGUGCUUCACAGUGAUGGAUAACUGGGCUAGAGCUGCCACAGGGUUCUGCACUAUAACCUUCCACACCUCUGUGGUCUAUGACCUGCCUUUAUGUAGCUAAACUCCUUUUUCUCCCACUGACAGUCAGCAGAGUAACAGUUGCCUGGUUAAAUGGUAACUCUACGGGAAAUUCAGAAUCAUAGAAUUGGAGAGUUGGAAGAGACGCUGAGGGUCAUCUAGCAAAGUGUCCCCUGCAAUGCAGGAAUCUCAACUAAAUCUCAUUUUGCAAUUUCAUUUAUCCAUACUCCAUGGAAUAACAGAUAGGGUUCAGAUGGUGUGCAUAUGCAAAGAUCACACCCUUAAUAAAUAUUACCAGCUACACAGUCCCAACCCAGUGUGGUAUUCACAGUUAUGGUCAAAAUCAUCAUGGUACGUAGAUGAGCAAGCAUUGAGGGGCAGGGAAAGAGAUAAAAAAAACACUACCUGGAAUAUGUAUUCAAUCCAUAGUAUUAGACACACACUUGUACACACCAGUUAGUUAUAACCAGUCUGCAUUAGUAAUCUUGACUUUGUACAGUACAUUUGAGAGCGGACUUCCACUAAGAGCCCCCUUUUUUUAACCAAAAGGAAGAUGCUGCAUUUUACAGACUUAAAGAAUGGACAUGUAUUAUCCCUUAUAAAGGAAGAAAAUAUGAGAGAGAUUUUCCACCAAGCCUGAUCAAUAGACAUUUUAUUGUGGCACAUUAUUGAACUGCGAUAAGCCCAAAUGUGAGAUGCUUUAUUAUGUGGAGCCUGCGAACAGCAUUAGGAGCCAGGAGAAGUAUUCGUUCAGCCUAGCGUUACUGUUUUGGGCAGUAACUACAGUAGUACUGGAUACCGUAGACCCUAAAGUGUAGAGGUGUUUGUGUUCAGGCAUGUGGGACAAUGGGACUCUUCUAAUGAUGCUUUUUUAUGAUUGGACAAGGGUCACCAAAAAUACCUUCUCAGUAGGAUUGUGACAUAGCCUUGCAUACCUGUGCCACAAUUAAAAAAUACCUGCUUGGCACAUGAGACUAAAUAUUCCCCUGCUUUCUAGGAGAACUAGAAAUGCAAGUCCAGAAAGAGGCGAUCAUGAUUUUUCUAAAGAAACUUACCUGAGAAAUAGAAAACUUUACAUGCUUUGCACAUCUAGAUAUGGGAUGUCAUCAGUAGAUUGAUUUCUGAUUUUGUGUCAGAAUGGGAGUCAUUAUGCCUGUUAAUACGUCUUUGCCGCCUUCUUAUUGCAAACGUCAUCCUUGCCUUCUGAGAGACAUGUUUCAAGCACUGAUUUUCCUUUAUCUUGAUGCUGCAGGUGUUGGAAGUGAUGUGGAAGGGGGAAGGGAAGACUCCAUCUCUGAUUGUUAAAGAAGAGAAGCUUGAACUGUUGCAGGAUCAGAAUGAGCUUGAGUGCAUCUGUCAGACUGUGAUGGGAGCCCAUCAGAAAGAGGUGAUAUUGAUAGCAACCCUGGGAAAUUGGGAACAAGAGACUUUGACUCUUCAGGGUGGGUGGUGGAGAUAAAAGAUUUAAAUUGCCACCUUCCUUUCAUGUUGCCCUUUUGUUUGGAAACUCUUCAGAUAAAAUGGGAGGGAAAUUGCAUUGUGACACAUGAAGUGGCUGCAGGAGAUGGCAACUUAAAUCCAUGUCCCCUUGACUCCAGGUACUCUACACUAACGUGAAUAUUCUGUAUAGACUGUAUGCUUGCAAAAUAGCAUUUGCAUGGAAUAAUAGGAGCAAAGUAGAAAAUAUCUCCACCUGAAGCUUCUAAUUUUACAGUUAAUUUUUUUUAUUAAAAACAUCCUUGCAAAUUAAAAGAAAUCCUUCCAAAGAUCCAGAAUUAGCUUUAUAAAGAGUAAGUGCUUUUGCGUUCUCUCUAGAGCACAGAUUGGCAAAGCAGCAAUGAAUGGCUUAACGUUAAGUAAAAUGUUGUCUGGUUACAUAUGCAGUAGGGAAAAUGCUAACAUCUAUCGAGAACAAUGCUACCCACGCCCAUAGCUCUUCAGUGGAGGCUAACAGCUUUGCAGAGAGCUUUUGAUAAAUAAAAUGAGCGUGUGCUAGGUCUGUCUGACCUUCAUCGUGCUAACUAAUUUGCAGUGGCUGAUGAAAGUGCCUCUGUAUUUUCCAGCUGGUACUGAAGCGCAAGCAGAGACAGUCUGAGCAUUAGAACAGAUCAAGGAGCACAAGUGUUUUUUGUUUCAGUAACAACAUGGAUUUUGAGUAUUUAAUUCUUUAACUAGUAUUCUAGUGGAGGCGGGCAUGAAAAAUCAAAGGCUGUUUUGAUUCUGCUUUUCUAAACAAUAAGACACUAUUUAAAUUGGUGACACUAUGCUCACACUACCAUGAGAUCUUAUGUAUGAGUUAGGACUUUUUCCAGAUAGCUAAUCGAAGUAUUUGCCACAACUUCAAUAUCAACAGGAUAAUCCUGCAAGCCCUUUUCCAGGGCAAGUAAGACUGUGUCCAAUUCCUGUAUAAUAGACAAAACACCCACCGCUGGGACCAUAGACUUUUUGCAGAGAGAGAACUAUUGAGUUUCAAGAGCAAACCAAUCAUGCCACAAAAUGGCAGGACAUAGCUGGAUGUUUGGGAAUAGAAGUAGGGGAUGGUGAAAGACCCUUUUUGAUACAUACUGCCACGUAGCCCCUGUAAGUGAUUUUGAAGCAAUGUUUAUUUUAGAGUCACAAAACAGGAUAGGGAGAGUUGUGUCGUAUCACUGAUGCCACUGGGACCAUCCAGCAACCUUCUAUGUGCUAUAAAUCUGCAACCACCUCCUCUGUGGCUUUGGCAAUCAGAUUAGAAACUGCAGUGCUAGCCCUGAGGAAAUAUGUUAUUUUGCCCCAGCAACAGAAAGCUAUGUUUUGGGUGCUGGGAAAAUUAGAUUUUCCCCUCAGCAAGCAAGCAUUAUCUGAAGAGAACUUACUUGGUUUUCCAAUACUGUGGCAAUAACUGUAUUGUUUAUAGAAUUAUUUGAAUAAGCCCUUCAGUUUUGGUUACACUUGUUGACAGAACAGGUAUCUUGCUUUAAUAAUAAGAGCUUUUAACUGGAAGAGUGAAAGAAUACCUUACAUUCUGAAUGGUUUUGAAAGACCGCUUCUCAGUUAAGCAUAAUAAUAAGUCCCAUAAGUCAUCUGAAAAGUGUCUGGGUGUUGCCAGAAGCUGUGCAAGUGUUAGAGCCACAAAGCAGAUGCCAUAUCUCAUAGUACUACAUACUAAUUCAAGUGCUGGCUAACACUCAGUAGUGGUGUGUUUGGGUCGGGCCCUGGAGCUCCUCUCCUGCCACAGGCACUGCUGCUACUUACCCUAGAUGGGAGGUGCCCAAGAUUAGUGGCUGUCCCCGUGCCACCAUACAGCCCUGUCGGCACCCUUGCCCAGGUAAGCAAUGAAACCAGUGUUCACAGGGCAGCUCUACCCCAUCACACCUUGAAUUAGUGUAUAGUUGUGAGAUUCAGUAGCUGCAUUUUUUCUUCUUAGUCCAAAGAUUACUCCCUGUUCAGCCUAAAAGUAGGAUGCAAGUUCUGAAUGCACUGCUUCCCUUCAAUCCAGUCCAGUGGUACUAGUUACGAUGUCUGCUUGCAGCUUCCAAGUUCAGAGUCAGGAUGCUACUGAAUACCAGCUGCUGGGGAACAAUGAGAAGGCUGUUGCCUUCAUGUUGUGCUUGUGGGCUACCCAGAAGAUCUGGGUGGCCACUGCCAUCAACAAGCUGAUGGACUAAAGCAGCCCUUCUCAACCUGUGGGUUCCCAGAUGUUGUUGAACUACAACUCCCAUCACCCCUAGCUAACAAGGCCAGAGCUCAGGGAUGAUGGGAGUUGUAGUCCAACAUCUGGGGACCCGCGGGUUGAGAACCGCUGGACUAAAGGAACCAUUGCUCUGAUGCAGAAGUGGGAUUCAUAUGACCCACCAAGCCAAAUGCAUCUCAGCUAGUGGGUUUAUAGGACUCUUGUCUUCGCUUACCUUACAAGACUAGGAAAGGCUGUAAUUUCUUUUGGCGGAUCACAGUACAUGGCUGGUGGGCUGUGGUUGACAAAACAGUAGCAGGUUCUACAGACCUGCUUUAUUCUUUCCAAGACUUUCAUUGCUGCUCUUUUAGUGUUGAGAGCUUCCUUUCAAACGAGUGGGGCCUGUAGUAAAAUGGUAAAAGCACAUCCCGACUCUCUAGUUCAGGCCUAGGGAACAUGUGGUCCUCCAGAGGAUGAUGGAUUCCAAUUCCUAUCAGCUCCAGUCAGCACAGCCAAUGGUCAGGGAUGAUGGGAGCUGCAGGCCCACAUCAUCUGAAGAGCCAAAAGUCCCCCAUAUCUGCCUUAGCAGCAGUGUUCCUGUUCAGGGUUCAAGCCAAUCAUACCUCCUUCUGGGAUACUGUUAAAUUGCUAGGCGCUCAACUUGUUUCAGAAUUCAGAAACGAACAAACAAACAACAUACAUGGGUUAGUGUGUAUUUUUAAAUCGGUGAAAUCACUUACUGCUCUUGAAAAACACCAUGUAUAUAUCUUAAAAAAAAAAAAGUUAAUGGAGAAAUAUCUGCUCUACUGGUGAGAUAACUUGUUGGCCCAACUAACGGAAAGUUAUGCACUGCCUCUUGUAACUGACUCCAUUAUAAGCCUGCUGUAGAGUGCUGUAAUGUUGCUUCACCUCAUUAGUGGUGAAGACUGAUCGGUGCAACAAUCUAAUUUCACAAUGCAUGCUCUCUACACCAAGCUUGCUGUUAGCAAAAAAGGAAAGUCCAGCUUAGCUUGCCAUUUUGUGCUGCACAACAACCUUGCUUUGCAAAUGUAGAAUCUUUAAAUCCAGGUGGACCUUAAGUUUGCUCUAUAGAAAUGUGAGAAAGGACACAAGAAUUGUACUAUUUAAUAUUACGGUAAUGAAAUAAAAUCAUUCUAAGCUUCUGGGUUGCUAAACUGUCACGUUUUAUCAAGAACAGAAAAUAACCUGCCAGUUCUCAAGGUUUGCUCUGGCUUUUCUGGUUGUGAAGACUAGGAUUUAGCAGCAAGUGUCUUCGGUGUAUUUUUGCUUUAGUUCGGUGUGUUUUUGCUUUAAUUCUGUUGCUCAGAAUUGAGUUUUGUUUUGUAAUUUUUCUUUCAAGGUGGCAGACAUAAAGAAGGGCAACAAAAAAGCACUGAAUAAGCUUAUUGGACAGGUUCAAAGAACAACAAGAGGACGCUCAGACCCUGUCCUGGUGAAACAAAUACUAGAGAAGCUGCUAUCGUAGGAGCCUGCGGUGAAAAUUCCAUAUCUGAUAUUCGCUGCUGUUAUCAGAGUGGUAAUUACUUGAUACUUCUAUCUUUCACAAUCAAGCCAUUGUACUGAUUUCAUUCACUUCUUGCUUACUGUAUCAAGUUAACUGCAGCCACUUUCUGCAGUUUUUCAGCUUUACUCAGGCCAUCAUCCUCUUAAGCAGGGGUAGGCAACCUAAGGCCCGUGGGCCGGAUGCGGCCCAAUCGCCUUCUCAAUCCAGCCCACGGACAGCCCAGGAAUCAGCGUGUUUUGACAUGAGUAGAAUUGUGUCCUUUUAUUUAAAAUGCAUCUUUGGGUUAUUUGUGGGACCUGCCUGGCAUUUUUACAUAAGUAGAAUGUGUGCUUUUAUUUAAAAUGCAUCCCUGGGUUAUUUGUAGGGCAUAGGAGUUCGUUCAUUAUUUUUUUUCAAAAUAAAGUCCGGCCCACCACAAGGUCUGAGGGACAGUGGACCUGCCCCCUGCUGAAAAAGGUUGCUGACCCCUGCUCUUAAGUGGCUGUCAAACUGGAACAUAAGGUAUGCAAAGAAAGAAUUCAAAUGGUAUAAUGUGCAAGUUUUUUGUAUGAAAGCUUCUGGUUUUGAAACAUAUAAUGAACUCUUUCUUCCAAUUUAUUAGUAAUAUUUUUCAGAAGUAGCUUAAAUACUUCUUAAGGUAUUUUCUUGGUGAUGAAAGCAGAGCAUUCCUAAGUUUGUAAAGUACUCAAGAGACUUAAAACCCACAAUUACUUGUAUGGACAGUUGUUCAAAAGCAAGCCUUUUGUUAUAGGAGUAAGGGAAUGUAAAUAAUAUAUUAAAGGCAUUAUUUCAGUAUUGAUGUUUCAUUAAGCAGACCAGACAUGUCUUCAAACUUCGUUUUAUUGGGGGGGGGGGUUAUUUUUUACUGUAAUAAACUAUGCCCUCUCUGAGGAAGAACUCUUUUCAUUCUAAUGUAAUUUUCAAUAAUAAUAAUAAUAGUAAUAAUAGUAAUAAUUUAUUAUUUAUACCCCACCCAUCUGGCUGGGUUUCCCCAACCACUCUGGGCGGCUCCCAACAGAGUAUUCAACAGAAUAAAACAUCAAACAUUAAAAACUUCCCUAAACAGGGCUGCCUGUAGCUCCACAAACAACUAUAGAAUGAGGUGGUCAGUUCUUUUGAUUUAGAAAAUAAACAAAACGAAGAACCUUAUUAAAAAGGGGGGGAAAUUGGCAAUCUCUUAUGUUUAGAAUGAUCACAGUUCUAUAUAUUUGGGUGGGGAUGGAUAACUGCCAAGCAGCUCAGCUGCCUGUUUCUGGAAUUUUAAGCUAAGCCCUCCUUAAUGACCCCUGACUCUAGGCUUCAACCUAGAGUAAAAUUGUUUUGCUUUUGAAGCCAAAAUGAUGCUCUUCAAACAAAUUUCAGGGACUGCAGGUUUUCCCCAAUAUCUAAGGAAAAUAGCCUGGCAUUUCAAGACACUAGAGUAAUGAAGAUUUUAACAUUUGUACAUAAGAAUAACUAUUUAUCAGCAAUAAAAAAGUAACAUUUAAAUGGACUUAUUUUUGCCGGGGAGAAUUAAACCACCUUCAACACUUUUUAAAAAGUGGGUUGUCAAAGGCUGCAUUCAUAUCACAGAGAUGCAUGGCUCCAUGAAGUCAAGUAUUAUAAGCAACAGAUGUUGCUUAUGGUUUGGAAUUAUAUGUUUUUGUAAUAGCAGGUGGCCCAUAGUGCCUUUUGCGGUUGCCUUUUUGUUCUAUAUUGGUUCAGCUGAGAUGUAAGCUUAAGUGAGUAAACACACAUGAAAGAUGAGAUCCAACAGACCAAUGCUUCCAAAAGGUAAGAACACCAAAUGCAAGUUAUAGGGGCAAUGUACACCCAUUCACCAUUUCACCGUUGUCCUCAGAAUUCAGCACAGUCUGGUCACUGCCUUAAGGUAGAAGCAUUAGUUGUGAUGGUGAUGACCUGACAGUGGACAUGAGUUUAUAAUCCAUCAAUUGCUGCCAAAGUAGGAACCCAAAGUAAUGAGAAUGGAAAUUGUAGAAGACACUUCUGCAAAGAAAGCUUUGUGUUUUAAUGUCUCUUGGUUCACAUUACAUUUCAAUUAACAGUGUGUGGUUUAUACAAUUUCCAGAGGGGUUCAUGUGCAGCAAAAAACAAAGUCUUGUGGCACCUUAAAAAGACUAACAAAUGUUACGGCAUAAGCUUUCAUAGACUAAAUUCUGCUGCAUUCUUUGCUAGACGCAUGGCGUAUUUUCCUCAGUUGCAGGUAUAUAGGUUCAUACAGUAGCUGUAACAGGGGUUAUAAAACAACACGCUCAAAACAAAGAUAGUGGCAAUUAAAUUCCAGAUCAAAUGUAUGAGAAAGAAAAGCACAGUGGAGUGGUCAUUUAUGUCGACAAUCAUAGGUGAUAUAAAACCUCAUUUGACUCAUAAUACCAGACUCCUCUUUGUUGUCUUAUAUUAUAUAGCCCGUACCCCAGUCGCCUUUGACUGGACUUAACUGUCCAGGGGUCAUUUACCUUUUACCUAUUAUAUAGCCAUUUUCAUGCUGUGUCUACACCAUACUGGCUAGUUAUAAUAGGGCAUCACAGUGUCAAAAUUAGAGAAACCAUAACACUUACCAAAUUGAAGACAAAGCCUUUUGUGUCUUAUUUUUUAAUAAAAACUAGGUACUAUUCUGUUCUAUAGAACACCUGUCUGUCCCUGUAGGUAUUUUGUACUGUUUUGAAUAAAACUGAUGGAAACCAUCAUCCAGUGUGCCCUAUGUAUACUAGCAGGCUUGUGUUGGGUAGGUGAUUCAGAUGUACAUCUGAAUAUGUAUCUCCAUCCUAGGCAGAAGGCUCUUUUCAGGUAUCAAUAACUAUCUGAAUGAACAUUCCUAUAUGAGAGUAGCAAUGAAUUAGGAAUAUUAUGCAUGGUAUCAAAACGUAACAACGCUAUGCAUUCAAUCAAUCAUGGAUAGAUAGAUUUGCCAGAUUUUAGUGUUUGAAUUACCAUUUUCAAUACAACUCUGGCAAUAGGUGCUUUGGCUAUACAGUAUAAGAAUAAUUUGAAACAAGUUACUAGAAUUGAAACUGAACUUCAGCAUCAACUCUUCUACCAAAAGCAACCAGUAAGAUUCAUAAGCCUCUUUUUGUCUGUCAAAAUCUGUGGAAAAAGAUAGCGUAGUUAACAAGCAACCAGGUUUUUUAAAAAGCUAAGAAUUAAACAUGUCGCUUUGUUGUUUUUCUUGUUUGGUGUUUGACCAGAAACUGAAGUGCUGGCCAUCAACUUUGUGUAGAGGAAGUGCUUGCUUGGAAUGCUGUUUUACAAGUUCCAGGAGUUAUUGUACCUCGAGCUAGUUCCAAUCUUGUACCAUCACCCUGGUUCCCAAUUGUGUUACUAAAUCUUGUAGAGGUUACUGACCUUAUUACAAGGAUACCAUGUGCUUAACUGCCAUAGACACCACAUUGUAAAUACAGUGUCCACGGUAGUAGAAGCUUUGGAAAGAACCACUUUUUUUGCAGCUGUAAAAAUCUACUAUUUCAAGAGUAUGUUUGGGGUUCUGGAAAGUUAGCAUAGGCAUGAUGUGCCUGCAUGAUGUGCAUACAUCAUGCCUUGUCAAGUCUAGCAGAAGUGGAUUUUAGCAAAGGUCAUUUAACAGCAUUAAUUCUUGAGGGAAACAAUCCUCUAUCAUAAAUGGGUUCUUCAGAAGGAUGCUGCUUUAUCCAUUAGUAAUAAAAGUAAUAAUACUUUGUAAUACUUAUUCCUGUAUAACUAAACAUGCAGCUAACUUCCCUAGAAAGGAGACAGUGGAUACAGGUGUGUAUAAUUGGCUGUAUUAUUCUUAGUUAAAGACUAACAUUCAGCCUCCCCUUUUUAGAAAAGCUACUGAAGCGAUAGCUGAGCAAACAUGCUUGGAUAUAGUAUCCUCACUAAACUUCUUCCCCUGCAAAUUGUGGCCUAGCUGUGGGACUCAUUACUGUGAAGGUGGUAUUAGUGAACUUAAUGGGUAAUCUGCUUCUGAAAUUAACAAAGAUACUAUCUCACUGAUGAUUGAGUUGGUGCUCUCUGCGGCUCUAAUAUCAUAGAUUAAAUUAUAGCUAGGGGACUCUAGACAAGACUCUAAUGGCUUGUAUCUUUUCUAUCUCACCUAAGUCAACAGUAAGUUAGUAGAAAGACUACUUCAGUACUAUAAGAAACUGACCUGAAGUGUUCUGAAAGGCUCUGGUUUAUUGGCAUUGCAGUUUAACAUUGUUGCGUAGUUUCUGGAGAAAAUCAAUCCAAAUUUAAGUAUGGUAUCAAUGAAUUAGAGGGACGCGGGUGGCACUGUGGGUUAAACCACAGAGCCUAGGACUUGCCGAUCAGAAGGUUGGUGGUUCAAAUCCCCACGACGGGGUGAGCUCCCGUUGUUUGGUCCCAGUUCCUGCCCACCUAGGAGUUCAAAGGCACGUCAAAGUGCAAGUAGAUAAAUAAGUACUGCUCCGGCGGGAAGGUAAACGGCGUUUCCAUGUGCUGCUCUGGUUCACCAGAAGUGGCUUAGUCAUGCUGGCCACAUGACCCGGAAGCUGUCUGCUGGACAAACACUGGCUCGCUCGGCCUAUAGAGCAAGAUGAGCGCGCAACCCCAGAAACGUCCGUGACCAGACCUAACGGUCAGGGGUACCUUUAACUUUUUAUCAAUGAAUUAGAAGCAUCCAGCUCUACAUUUUAUUAACUAGGUACCCACAGAUUGUCCUUUUAUUCUGGAAGCAGCAGCAAGUGGAUGAAAAACUGACACUGAGUCAAGGCAAGAAGGAGUAAUCCCACCAAUCUUGAUCAUUGUCCUGUUUGUUUUUAAAGGCGAACAGGUUUGGAGCCUGACAGUUCUCCUGGACAAAGUGUGAGUAUCCAGGAAUACAUUUUCUUAGCUGUGUAAGUUCUGUCCCCUUUUAGAGGCAUGAGAGUAAUAUGUUGGAUGCAAGGCUGCCCUUGAAAGAUGACACAGGAAUUGCAACUGGGGUGAGAUGCUAUAAUUUGCCUUGUAAUGAAGAGGCAUAGAGAAGAAAACAUAUAGCUGUCUUGUGAUAACUUCAGCCUUACCUUAAAAGCCUGGAAACAACCUACUAUAUUUUGCAUGGCUUCUUGCCAGGAAUAGGCAUGGGCCAUAGGUGGUGUUGGUGGGCCAGAGAAUGUAUUUUGUUUUGUAGAAAUCAUUAACUGGAGAGUGGGAUGCAGAGAACUGUGAAAGGAUAUAUCCAGAUAUGUUUGAACCUAUGCAACAGGGAGACUCUAGAGAACAGUAGUUGAUGUAGCAGCAGGUUGAGGAGCAGUAUAUUCAUAAGUUGCUUUGUGAUGUAGGGAAAUGUCUUUAAAGUGCUUAGAAUAGAGAAACUAAAGACAACUGAAUUCAGAUUCAUUGUAUUAAAGUCUUUUUGUGCUGCAAAUAAAUAAGCUGGAAGAACACACAAAUGAAACCCACAAAAAUUGAGAGUAUAGUCCUCCUCAUUUUCUACAAUUAAGGAGAUAAGGUCUGUAAAGAAUAUUAUAAGUAUAUUAAAAAUUACAUUGUAGCAGCAGAUAGGCCAUAGUAUGCCACACACUAAUCUUGGUGCAAAUGCAGGAAGCACAUUAGAGACUUACUUUUUUCCUCCUAUAAUAUUGUAAGAUUGCUGAGAGGCAGUAGGGUGUGUCAUUUUAGGGGAUGAAACUUAAUUUUUGCAAAUUUCUUCAGUGAGGGGUCUUAAAAAUAUGUUUUUGGGUGUGAAAAAAAAUCAAAUCGGCUAUUAAUUUUGUGAUUGGACAACAUUUAGCUUGGUAAAUCUAUGUUUGAUUAAAAUGCACCCAAAGUGCUCUUGGAAAACAAAAGAAUGAUUAAAAAAAAAUUAGUUUGUCUGCGUACAGCAUCUUUGGGUUAACAUUCCUGUAUUCUGCAAGGAGUAGAAUUUGUCAGUGUUUAAAAAAGUCAGUUUUCACAUAGUCCAACUAAUUAGAGUAGCUGUGGCACCUUAACGACAGAUAACGUGACGGUGGCAUGAGCUGUCAAUUGUGGGAAGAAUGUACUUCAUCAGAUGCAUAGAGAGAACUGUAGAGACAGGGCAAUGGAAUAUAUUCUACUUAAGACUAAAAGUGUUGUUGUUGUUUUAAAGCCAAGCCUGAACACAGAGGUCUCAUGUGAGUGUUAAAUCAAUGGCCACAAAGAUCCAGUCACUUUAACAUAUGCACAACAAACCCUAGUAGAAUGGUAGUCAAAUCAGCAAAAUGCUUAAUUUGAGCCGACUUAAGGAAAGCUGUUAACUAUUCCCGCUGCAGAAGUAUUUUAGGGCUAGCUUGCUUUCUAAAUGCCUUUUUGGGCUAGUACCCAUCACUAAAUUAUUCCAAAUAGCUUACUUAUGCAAAGCAAUCCAAAGCCACAUUAAGCAAGAUGCAAUUUUCACUUUCCCUGAGAUGGCAUUUAUAUAGGAAUAAUUACAACACUACAGCUUGAAUUAGUGCUAUAAUCAUGGCUCGGAUAAUUACACCAGAAGACUGCAGCACUCAAUUUCAGAGAUGUUUGGAGGGGUGGUUGUUUUUUUUUAAAAAAAGAUUUGGGUGCUUUUUGACAUGAAACAAGCCAAAAUAGCAAAGUCUUUGUAUUUUGUACUCCUAUGUGUCAAGGAUCAUCAAGCUUGCCAGCAAUUUGUAGCUGUCAUUUUUACUUAUUUGUCUAUAUCAUUCGGUGGUUUUCUAUUACUAACCCUCCAAAAAGUCACUGUAAAGACUGUGUAUAGUAAUUCUCCAAUUCAUAAUUUUUAAAUUUUAUUAAAAUCCACAGAGACCAAAUAGCCUCUCUCUACUCUCAGCAAGAACCUAACUUCACAAAUGUUAACAGUGGCUUACAUAAGAGAGGCACAAAGUAUCUCCACUGAAUGCAGCUCAGAAGAUUGGUGAACGGCUUGAGGGCAACUUGACUUAAUAAGCAGAGUUUAAGACAGGAAUCUUUCACAGUCUUACCUGGAGAUGCCAGGGAUUGAUGCUGCUACCUUUUUCAUGGAAAGCACAUGUUCUGCCACUGAACUAUGGCCCUUUCCUGAUUAAUAUAAGAUGCCAUAUCCUGGGCCUACAUUUCACUGACUGACCAACAAGUGGAAUCUGCCCUUCCUGCUGUAAUCAUGAUUCAAACAAAAGAUGAAUAGUUUCUAACAAAGUAAUCUGUUAUACUUUUCUAUACCACUAUUAAAUGCUCUGUUAAGCCUUGAACCAAGCCUAAACAUUGCGAGGGUGUGUGCAUAUGACUGCUCCCUUUCAGCAACAAGCAUGUCAAAAUUUAAUGAAACUACUGCAUAGUCCAUACUAUGGUAGCCUUGCUGGUUUUCAAAUGUGCAACGUUUUAAAUGUCUGAUUUUCAAAUGCAGCAAAUAUAAUCACAUUUUAUGUGAUUAACACACCCACGUUAUUUUAAAAACCUCACCUAUCUUAACUUUAAAUAAGAGCAUGAAAAUACAAUGUCUUUUGAGAGCAAUUUUUUAAAAAAUCUGCUACAGUUAACACAUACACAAUUAAUCAGUCAAUCAAAAGGAUGGAUCGCUUCCCACAGAGAAGGUAGCAGGACUAGAAUUAUGAGAUCAUUUUAUUUUUUAUGAAGAUGUCACCAGACAUGGGGAACGGGCCAAGUAACAGGACUGGCAGAUCCUUCCCUGCGUAAGAUUUUUACAGCUUGCAAUGCUUUGAGAAGCUAAAGGAAGAAGCUCUCCUCUUUGAUUUCUAUGGCCUGCAGGAUUCUAAUUCCGUCCAUGGAUGAUGGUGGGAGAGGAGACUAAGCAAAUGGACCCAGUCACAGUAGACCAGUGGAGCAAGAAAUGGGACACUGAAAUCCCUCUCUUGCCAUUAUUGCACUUCUAAACAAAUAUACACACCAUUUUAGGCAACCCUCCUGAAAGGUGUCUGUGAAAUUCCCAUUUGCUCAGGUGCCAUGUUCUAGCAAUAGAACAUGCAAACCCCAACUGCUACUGUUAGUACCUCAAUAUGGAAUUUACAAAGAGGAGCAAAGUCUUGUCUUCAGAUACUGUUUUCAUUGGGUUUGGAGCAGUUUGUCAUAUUCACCUACUGUAAAAGAAAAUGAAGGCUUUCAAGCACAGAGCCACUAUUAACACAAAGCCAACUUCAGCACUGGAGGAACAAUUACUCUUACUAGCACAAACUGAAAUGCAGCUGUAAUGCAGCAAUUCAUCAUGUUUGGACCCGUUCUAAUGAGUCUCAUUACUCACAAAAGAAAAUGUUCUUAAGCUAUUGGGCAGCAGCUGCAACAGGUUCUAGUGUAUCUGUCCCAAGUAACAUCCUCUCCUCUACUACUAGGGAGCAAAACAUUUCUACCAUCCUUCAAAAGUGCAAUGUUAGGACAAGUCAACAUACAUCAUAAAUAAACAGCUAGUGUUUUACAAUACCACAAAGCUUUCCUUGAACCAAAGUAACAUUUUAAGCUAAAAAGAAAAAAAAACACAGCUUAUAAAGGCAGGCUAUUU